GGGGUGAGGGGCGGGGAGGUGCCGAGCGCCGCCGAACGAGCCCAGGUUGCUGCCCGUACUAGGCAAGGAAAAGAAGGAGCAACACGGCGGCGGGCGGCGUCGAACUAAGGCCGGUCUUAUUCGGCGGGUUUCCGUCGAGGAAACGCGAGGAGAGAACGGGAGCCAGAGCGAGACAGACAAACAGACAGACACCUCGACGGUGCCUGCCAGCGAGGAGAAAGAGCGCGCGGCGGCGUCCGCCUCCUCUCCCCCCCUCCUUUUUUUAUUCCCCUGCGCGCGCCCCCUCCUCGGCCUCCUAUUGGACGCCCUGCCGCCUCUCUUCUCUUCUCCCCGCCUCCCGUUCCGUGGCGGCUGCUGCUGCUGCUGCUGCUAGAGCUGCUUUCAGAGGCAGCGGCCGUGAUUGGAAUAAUCCGGGCGUUCGCUCGCUCCCGAGAAGCCCCUUCGUCGUCUUCGCUCACCCCUCUGCCCAAUUAUAUAUAUAUAUAUCUCGCUCGCGCGCGCCUAGGGCACUCUCAUGCGCACGCGCGCGGAUCUGAGGGGAACGGCGAGCCCGGGCGUCGAGUGAGCGGGAGGCGAGCGAGCGAGGCCUGCGCGCCUGUGUGUUGUGGGGCAGCCCAGCCACCCUCUCGGCUCCCCGCCUCCCGCCGUCUAGCCCAGAGCCGCGUCGCAAGGCCGAAGCGGCGGUGAGGAGGCGGAGGGCGCCUUCUUCUCCCCUCCCCAAACGACGACCCUCUUGACCCGCCUCUCAAGCUCGGACCGCUCCGGUGGGGGGCAGAAAGGAAACCCCUUGGCCAGGAGGAUGACGGGCCCCCGACGAGGGUGAGUGGGGCGCGGUGUGUGGCGGCGGGGAAGGAGGGGAGAUAGGUGAGGGAGGCGACUAAAUGGCGGCGGGGGAAGGUGUGGAGUCCGCAGGCAGGCCUCCCUCGGGUUUCGCCCUCCCGCCUCCUCGUCUGAAAGGGGAGACGUGUGGACGUGAGUGCCUUUGCUUCCCCCUCGCAACCGGUGCAGAGGAGGCCUGGCCGGUGGCCCUGACGGAAAGGCUGCCCUCCCCGUCUUGAAUUUAAUAAUACAUUUUUAUUUGUACCCCCACCCAUCUGACUGGGUUGCCCCAGCCACUCGCACGAUAAAAGGUUAAAACUUAAGAAAGGCUUCCUUAAAGCGGGUGGUGCGCACCGUUCAGCUCGGUGGGAUUCACUCCGGAUUAAGUAUAGGAUCGGGCUGCUGAAGAGAAGCGAAGUCGGCCGGCCCCGGAGUUCUUGGUGUCGACAGAGAAUCGACGCCUCCAAUUCCACCCCCCCCCCAAAAAAAAGCGGGCCGCUGUGUCUCACUACAUAACUUUUAAAAAAAUAAGUCCCAGGUUUAACUAAUUAAAUAACUCGGCCUGAGCUGUUUGCUAGCCGUGGAAAUGGCCAGCUAACAAUAGAUCGUUUCCAUUGCUGCUUCUCUUCUCUGCCUGCUACCAUUUGGAGAAGGGGGUCUUUUUUUCUUUUUUGAGGGUCCUGGGAUUGGUCGUUUGCUAGGAGCCUUUUGGCACUUUUAAGUUGCCCUUUCUCACCUUUCCGUUUCCGAUCUUGGUGUAAGUUUUUGCGCUUGGUUGUCUUCCUGGAGUGAGUGGUGCUACUUACUUAGGGGAGAGGCCCUUCAUUUGUAGUGUUGAUUUUUAAUUAACAGAAUUACUUAAUAUCCUUUCCACUGCAGCCACCAAAAUAAGCAAUAAAUAUUAAAGGAGUUGAUAGCCGUCAUAAUUAGAAGUGUUAAUCAAGCUCCAGUAGUGCGGUGUGUGCUACUUUUCUGCAGUGUAUUCAAUAUUACAGUGACUAGGUAACUCAGUAGCAGUUGCAGUUACUUCUUGGCACAUUUGACUUGGUUGGAAAUAAGAUCAGUGGGCCUUGGUUCCAAGCAGUGGACUGCUAGUUUUUGAAAAAUGAAAUUUUAUAAAAUGUAAAGUAUAAAUCUCCUACUAAAAUGAGUACAGCAGUGCAGUUAUGGCUAUGUCUACUCACAAGUCCUUUUGAAUUCAAUGGGGCUUACUUGCAGGAUUGCAACCUCAGUGUCCUCUAGAAGUUUUAGGUUUUAGGUUUUGGUGUUUGAAUGUGGUGGUUGUAGCACCUGUUUUGUUCAGUCACAUAUCCAGGAAUAAAUUAGCUUUAAUGAGGCAAGACAUUCAUUUGUGACUAGCUGUUUUUUGUUUGUUUUUUUGUAUGGUGAAAAUUGAUACAUCUGGUUUGAUAAGUCCAGUAUGAUGAUAUAUUCAUUGGUUCUGUAAAAGGUAAAAAAAAGUAAAAGAAAUGGGUUGGUAAUGUUGUUGUUGUUGUUGUUUAGUCGUGCCCGACUCUUCGUGACCCCAUGGACCAGAGCACGCCAGGCACUCCUGUCUUCCAAUACAGUUCUGUAAAAUGAAAGUUCUGUGAUACAAGGAAAGAAAAUAGUUUAUAAUAGACAGCUAUUGUAGCUAAAUGUUUCACAAGUAUGUUCUAAAUCAUUGGAUAGCCAAUCUGCAACAUGGGUUCCAAAAGUGGUUCAGGAAGUGGGAUGUUGAGAUGUACUUGGGUCCUUUUGCCCAGUUUUGGCAUUUCUGUGCACUUCUGCCUCCCUGCCUAGCACUCACUCUUUAGACAAGAGGUGGAAAGUCCACCAAGUGAACUUGUUUGUUGGUUGGCCACCACUGUGUUAAAUUCACUGUAGUGUUUUCUUUUUACAUUUUGUCAUAACAAUUCAUGUGAAUUAGAACUCUCCGGUUAGUUAUGUUUAUGAGAGUUUAACAGGUGUAUUUUCUAUUCCAAAUACAUGACUUGACUUGCAGAUGCCUUGAACUGGCACCACACCAGAAGUCCUGAUCCUAGUUCUCUGUUAUAUAGGAUUUAAAAAUCAAUGUGAAGUUAACAGAGAAGACAAUUGCAUUUAUUAAGUUUGGGUCCUGCAGUUCUUGAAAUAUACUCCUCCAAGCUCAAAACAAAUUGGUGCAAAAAACCCCAAACUAAAUCCACACAGUGGAUUCAGUUGUUUGAAUGCUAGAUCAAUAUAUUUUGUGAUUUAUUCAUAUUUAGACUGUAAUGCACAAAUCUAUGAAAAGCAUUCAUACUAAUUACACUCCUUCACACUAGACUUGGCUGUGCCCAGUUAAUUUGAAUGUAGUUUGCCUCCAAGUAAGUGAAUUAGGGUUAUAUAUGCCUAAUAGUUUAAAGAUUGCAGCUUGGUUCCUUGAAAUUAAAUAAGGUGUUGAGGGUUAUUGUUCUGCUUUUCAUGCAUUUAGCAACUAUGUUCAAUUAUUUGAACUGUGUAAAUACUACAUCACAUCUGUGUAUCUUUUCCUUCGUUUUAAGAAGCAUGAGAGUUUUUGUAUUGAUCUGAUAUGUAAAAGGGCACCUACUGUAGUUGCCUUUGCCUAAGGCUUGGUUUUGAUACAUGUUGUUUCUUGUAUGUGAAGGCAUGUUGUUCAGAUGGCCAAUACAUAUCAUUAAUUUUUGAACGGCAGUUUUGUGAAUCAGUUCCUGAGAACCACUGUGAAUCCCAAAUUCUAAUAAUAAACUCAGUUCUCUUAAGUGUGGAUACUUUAGGUAGGCCAAACAGCACCCACCUGUUUACAAGAGGAAGGUAUCAGCAGGCUUCCAGGGGUGGAGAGGAGCCAAGGUUUGGUGAGGCAUUAUUCCAUUAGCUCAAAUGGGCCUGGGAAGAAACCCCCGAAAUAGCCCAAUGAGGACUGAACAUGGUCAGUGGAUAGUCAGUGCUGGCUAACAGGGGUGGUGAUGAAGAAAUGAAAUGGAGCAUUCUAGGAGAAUCGUUGUUCAGGUCAAAUCCUGAAAAGGAGUACCCCUAUGCUGAAACAUUUUGCUGCGGGGCCUUAGUUUAAGUCUUUCUGUCAUCUUAUGAUCACAAAACUAGUGUUCUUACAUUAAAUAUAUACUGUAGAAAAUGAAGCUUUCUUACUGCAGAAUGUUAGCUUCUUGACAAUAACUUUCAAGUGCACAAAGUUUUUUAAGGUAUAGUUAUUGAAAGUUCUGAAGAAGCAGUGGAGUGAGAUCUUAAAGGUUAAACAUGUUUUCUGAUGGAAUGUUCUGACUAGCAUUGUUUUGGGCCUAAAUUGUGCGUUCUGAAUUUGCAACUCCUUCUGAUAAAGCUCCCUCUGAAGCAGGAUAAAAGUUAGGCUGAAAGUGUGUGUGAGAGAGAGAUUAAAGGUAUUUUCAUCAUAACAAAAAGAAGAUUAAGGGGGUAUGUUUUUGAAGGUUAUCCUCAAGACUAGUUUGCAGGUCAAUGGGUUUUAAGGAGAAGAAAGAUAUAUUCAAUAUAUAAUUGGUAAAACUUCGUAAGCUUUGGAGCAAGUUGCCUGCUGCAAUGUAACUUUAUGUUCUAGCAAUGUAACUUUAUUCUAAACAAAUUCACUGAACUUGGUGUUUUUUAGUUUUUUAAAGUUCCAUCAUUUCAGUUGGGCUACUUGGAAUACUGUACUUCAUGAGUAAAAUAUGUUGUUUAUAGUUCAUUCCUACACAUAUUUACUCAGAAGAAAGUCCCAGCAUGUUUAAUAGAGCUUACUCCCUAGUAAAUAUGUCUAGCUAACACACAUCCCAGAUAAUAACUGUCAUUGAACUUUGAGGACCUAAUUUUCACAUAGACAUGUGUAGGAUUGUGCUGUUACUUCUCUCAUGUAAUAUGUACCAUAUAUUAAUUAGCAGUGUAUACAGUGGUACCUCGGGUUAAGAACUUAAUUCAUUCUGGAGGUCCGUUCUUAAGCUGAAACUGUUCUUAACCUGAGGUACCACUUUAGCUAAUGGGGCCUCCCGCUGCCGCCACCCACACGAUUUCUGUUCUCAUCCUGAAGCAAAGUUCUUAACCCAAGGUACUAUUUCUGGGUUAGUGGAGUCUGUAACCUGAAGCGUCUAUAACCCGAGGUACCACUGUAUAAAUAUUUGCCCACUGAUGUUCUUAAAUUUGAAGGUAAUGAAAGUUGAUCCAUUAAAAUCUAUUACAACCUGCCACUUUUUCUUACCGUAGGCAGGUAGCAAGGGUCCUCAGGUAAGUAAAUUUCUCUUGAGGAUACUCCAUGUGGGUAACACCCCCCAUACAAUCUAGGUACUUAUCUUUGCUGUUUAAAGCCAUGAGAGAAAGCACAGAUAGUCCAGUCAUUACUGGCAGUCUUGAAACAUUAGCGUUAUGCCACAUGUGAGCAACCUAUGAGGUACAUAUGACCCUCAGAGGCCUUCUGUGCAGUACCCAUGGGUGUCCCAAGAUGCCACUAAAAUCCCACAUUCCUCAUCACAGCAUUUCAUUACUCACAUUCAUUGAGGGAGUUAGGCAUGUGCAUGCUCCCCUACCCAUCAGUAUUGUGCUUCUCUCAUACUGCUUUCUGAAAGGCCCUGGGCUAAGUAGCUGCACAAUUUGGGAGAGGGCUUUUGCAAGUAAGCUAAGGCUCUCCUUUUUUCGUAGCCUUUCUCAUAGUUCAGAGCCACACUGCAAGCUGAGCUAGUCCACGUCUUUCAUUUCCCCUUGUUGCCUUGCAGAUCCCACCCAAAUGGGAAAGGUUUGGCAGAGUGACUUGGUGCUCCUGAUUUUUGUGUAUGUGCAUACCAUAUUUUUCGCCCUAUAGGGCGCACCGGCCCAUAGGACGCACCUUGUUUCUUUUGGGGGGGGGGAAUGAAUAAAAAAAAUUAUCCCCCCCGCCACGGGGCUGGGGCAGGGGAAGCCCGAGCUUCCUCCGACCCCAGCCCCCAGAACAGGCUGCUAUCCGCAAGCCUUGCGACACCUGCGCGAAGCAUGGGGCACCCUCCAGAGGGCACCCCGUGCUUCGGGCUGCAGGCUGCUGCCCGCAAGCCUUGCGAGCCUGCGGGAACUCCUGUCGGGCUUGCAAGGCUUGCGGAUAGCUUCCUGAAGCCUGGAGAGCGAGAGGGGUCGUUGCGCACCGACCCCUCUCGCUCUCCAGGCUCCAGCGAAAGCCUGCAUUCGCCCCAUAGGACGCACACACAUUUCCCCUUCAUUUGGGAUGCACCAAUUGAUGGGGUCGGUAGGUGUCUGUGAACAAGCAUUGUGUAUAUUAAAUAUUAUUAACUAUAUUGUGAACACUUUAAUUUACAAUAUGGAUAUUUAAUUCAACGUGUGGUUCCUAGGCUCUGUGUUGAGGUAUUAUUGCGGCCCAUUUGUUCUGAGAUAUUGUACCACCAUGAUAUGGAUGGCAGAAAAGAGGUGUCUCCACCCACCAUCAAAAUUUGGCUCCCAACGAUUUCCCCCUGUUGAUUGUGCCUCUUAAUCCUGAAAAAUUUGCCCUCACCUGCUCUAUGGGUUGCAGGAACAAAAAGAAUGGAUAAUUGAGAAAAAGAGCUGUGUUGGUAGGGAUGACAGAUGCGCUAUACUACAGAGAGAGAAGAGAGCGUGAAUGGUAUGCGGAAAGAAAAGGAGGGAAAGCUAUUGGAGAAGUAUUCAAAGAAGUAGUAGAACAGAGCAAAAAGGGACUAAUAGAAUAGGCUAAAAAGAAAACACUGUGUUAAAAUAACAAGUGGCUCACCGAGGUAUUGGUAUGGUGUGCCCCUGCACUAAGUGUGAAGAUUUGCUCCCAGGUAGUGUAGAGAACUGGCAUUGGACAUAUCUUCAUAUUUCCUUGUGAUAGCUCAUUUUCAGCUCCUGUGUUUUGUUUUCUUUUUCCUCUUUUCUUUUGCAAGUAGACCAGAGGUGUCCAAACUUUUUUCAAAGGGGGCCAGAUUUGAUGAAGUGAAGGGCCGUGAGGGCUGACCAAAGUUGUUGAGCUUUUUUUAGGAUUGAAGUUGUGGAGGUAUUAGGCCCCCGAAACAGACUUUGGACACGCCUGAAGUAGACUGUUGUAGUGUGUUGUUACCUGCACACCAAGUAUGAGGGGGAGGAAGUUAUUUACCACCUGUAUGCCAUGGAUGCUGUCAGUAGUGCUAUUUUCUAGAAAAGAGGUGCCAGAACUCACCAUGAAUGCCUCCCUUGUUCUCUUAUAAUGGCAAUGGCACCCACCUGAGAGGUGCCAGAACUGAGUUCCGGUGAGUUCCAGCUGCAAACAAGACCUGGCUGUCAGGUAGAUGCCCUGGACACUUAGACAGUAUGUUCCAGACAGAACUGCUCAUUGGAAGGGUGCUGCGAGGUUGCUAAAGAAUCACAUUUUUACCAGCCACAGUAUAUAGUAAUUGCAUUAUACCUGAGAUACAAGCACUUCCCUGAGGGAAAACAUUUGGCUUCCUUGCAACACAUGAGCAACAACUGAACAGUUGUUGCGUUAUAAACAGAUGGCCUGGAAAAAUUCCAAAGUGAUGUCUGCAGUGUGCACUAGGGAUUCUGGGAUACAUAUCUGGGAAUGCAUACUUGUUUGAACUUCACAUUUACUGUUGUUCACAGUACUGAAAUUAAAUUAUCUAAAACCUAGGAAACCAGGGUGAGCACAAACCAGUUUGAAAAUUAGUAAUCACUAAGAAAGCAAACUGAAGUGUUAAUAGUGAGUGGCAAACGGGUCAAAGGCAAGGUUGAAUUCUUGAUUUAAAAAAAUAGUUUUGUAGGUGCAAAAUGUAGAUAUCUGGCUUGAUUAUUCUAGAUUAUUCUUGAAUCUUGUGUGAGUCACAUCUGUUUAACCUAACAAGCCUGCUAAAGUUAUUAGCUCACAAAGCAAUUACUAACCCACCUGCCUACAUAUACCUGUAUCUGGCCUAAAAUAAAAAUUAAAAGAACCAGUCUUUGUAAAGAUUCCCUAUCUAGUUGCUUAGAGACAAUUCUUAUUUGCAGCUGGGCAAGCCUAGGUUGGUUUGUUGUUUUUGCAUGGUCAUGAUAGUGUGUAUUGUGAUAUUCUAGGAUUAUACUUGUGUUCCAGAAAUAGGAAAAUAUUCUGCUGCAUACAGCAAUGUGUUGCACUGCUCUAGAAUCUUUGCUCCAAAAAUAAGACUCAUUUACAUACUACUACAUUACCAGCAAGUGAUCAGUUCCACAACUGUUCCCGCAAUACAGUAUUAAGAAGCUGCUGUUUUAAAAAGGAUUUAUUAAAUGUGAAAAACUUUGUUUCCUCAACCACAGAUAGUUGUAUGACUGCACACUUCUACUAAUGGACCUGGUAGUAGAUAUGUUUAAUUCAGAGCAAAGUGUAUUGAGCUUCAAGUAGAAAUGUAAGAAUCCCCAGAAGUGCUCCAGUAUUGCAUAACUUAAAGCAAUAUGCAUUUGAUCAUUAAUGUGGCAUAUAAUAAAAGCAGCAGCACAUCUCCUCUGAAGUCUAGACUGUGAUUUGUAAUCUCUCUCAGAACGUGCCAGCUGAAUCUUUCAGCCAAACUAUAAUUGACUGAAUAGAACUAUGAAAUGCUUUCUGCAAAAAGUGUCAGUCUAACAGAGAUUUUUGAGACUAGAUUGAUUUUAAUCACUGAAAAAACAGAUUGUGAAUCAAAUUUUCCAUGUUAAUCCAUCUAUUUCUUGAACAAGCACGCAUACCAUUUGGCUGCUAAAACAAAAUGUUUUCUGUGUUUUUUGCAAUGUAAUAAAGUGGCCUAGCUAUACUAAGCACUAUGCAGCCCACAUGCCCUUUGCACUACAGAAUUUGUAUGUGUUUAAAGACAGAAAGCCUUCACAGUUGCUAAUGGUUUUAUUUGACUUUAUUAAUAAGGACAAUAAGCAAGAGCACUUACUUGAAGACAGCAUGCUAAGAACUAUUCAGAAGCAAGGGUUGGUAGUUAAUAGAACAGCACUUCUUCAAAAAAUGGGAAGUCUGUAUCCAGGGCCUUUGACUCACCGUAUAAACCUGUAAUCUCUUAUUCAGUUGGGAAUAAAGUCAGUUGAACUCGAUAGAACUUACUUCUGAGUGCAAAUGUAUAGGAUUGCACUGUAAAUGUUAGGGAUGUGCAUUGGGUUCAGAUGAAUCCUAGAAUGAAGUGGACUGCCUCAUACAAAUUUUAUGUUUGCCAGAGGUAAAGCUCUUUCUACAAGGUGGCUUGCAUUGAAGCAACAACUUUGCCUUAGAAACCUAGACAGUCGCUAAAAAUAAUAUGGACAAGUAGCUGCUGAAAGCAAUGGUAUUGUUGCUAAGCUUACUAUAAUGUCAAGCUGGUUCAGACCUGGCCUUGGAACUGAAUCAGACUUGGUCACCCUAAUGGGUGACUUUUAUCAUGAGAGAAACAUGGGAAGGAGUGUGACCUUGUUAUUUCUGCUCAGUCUCUCAGUGGCUUUUGAUAGUGGCUUUUGAUACUUUUGACCAUGGUAUCCUCCUGGACUGACUCAAUUGGAUGGUUAUCCAAGGCAUUGUAUUACACUGGUUCCAUCCUUAGUUUCAGGGCUCCUGGCACCUGUGUUAGAGAGUUCUGCAUCUUUUCAUAAUAGUUAGCUGAUUUCUGAUUUUAAAAUUUUGCAUAGUUUUUAUUGUAUGGUUUUAUGGGUGACUGUUGUAAACUAUUCUGAAUUUUUUUUUAAUGACUAGCAAUAUAGAUAAAUUGUUCCAAUAUAGCUUUUUAUUUUAUUUAGAUGCAUUAAAAUUUGAUAAUUUUACUUAAUAAAAUACAGUUUGCUGUCAGAUACAAACUGUUUGAUAAUAUGCAUAGCCUUAUUACUCCAAAUAAACCCCUAAUUUACAUUUUGUAAACUGGGGUGGAUAUGUUAAGCCCCUAGAGCUGUAUUCUGCAGAAACUAUGGCUCUCAGUGUGGAUUUUUAAAUGCUCUGUUAAUGAAUUUUAAAGCAGUAUUAAUCAGGUUACUUCUUGACUUCCACACUCUUAAUAGUGCUUUUCCAGGUCACACCUUUUUUUAAUGUGAAACUAUUAUGCUGAAAAAUUUUCUGGCAUAAGGAAUUAGAAGAGAGAGUGUAAAUUAAAUUGUGGAAAGUCAAACAACAGAUGUCAGCUUUGAAGUCUGAGAUUGUCCAAUAAAAAUAAACUAGAAGAAAGGGAAUCAAAAUGUGGAAUUAAACAUCUGCUUGGCAGCUGUGGAUAUCUGUCUGUCUUAAAUUCUAAGAUGUGGCACAUUGCACUUUCUAUUUCUUUACAUUUAUAUUCCAUCCUAUUUUGAAGGUUUACAAUCAAACUAUAAAUUUCCAUUUAACUGUCUCCAUUGUUUCUUUCACCUUUUGCAGUGCAGCCAACCCAACCAUUAUGAGCCCUGCCAGUCACAGUGUCCUUUCCCGUUCUCAUUCCAAAGCUUCUGUGAUACUCAAUACAGUGGUACCUCGGGUUAAGAACUUAAUUCGUUCUGGAGGUCCGUUCUUAACCUGAGGUACCACUUUAGCUAAUGAGGCCUUGCGCCGCCACUGUGCGAUUUCUGUUCUCAUCCUGAAGUAAAGUUCUUAACCUGAGGUCCUAUUUCUGGGUUAGUGGAGUCUGUAACCUGAAGUGUCUGUAACCAGUGGUACCUCUGGUUACAAACUUAAUUCAUUCUGGAGGUCUGUUCUUAAGCUGAAACCCUUCUUAUCCUGAGGCGCGCUUUCGCUAAUAGGGUCUUCUGCGCGCGCGCGCCUCUGGUGCACGAUUUCUGUUCGUAUCCUGGGGCAAAGUUCGCAACCAGGAGCAGCUACUUCCGGGUUAGCGGAGCUCGUAACCUGAAGCGUUUGUAACCAGAAGCGUCCGUAACCAGAGGUACCACUGUACAAGAAACCCAGCUCCCAAUAAAUGUAUAUCUACUAUCCCCAACACUUCCUGUCUCUUAACCAUGUAGCCUGAUCUUUCCCUCAUCAAACCCAGUUCCCUGAGGGUAGCUACCUAAAUGCCCACAGGGAUGCAGCUUCCAAAUGCACUGACUGCCCAGUGUUAGAAACUGAGAUAUGAAAGCUAGGAGCUAAAUGGUACCUUAAGCCUAGGUUAUGGGCAUAGCAACAGAAUGUCCAGGUGCACUUUUUCAUAACAAGAAUGCAAAGCUGAAAAUGAAUGAACUGCAGCUAAAAGAUUAUGUUCAUUUUUCACUUGGUCUAGUCCUUCCCCUGCCCAGCCCCCUAAUAUUCUUAGGAGGGUCUCUUCUCUAGUCUUCCAAGAGUACAUUGAAGUGGGGAGGACUAGACCAUGUGUUCCAUUCAAAGUUAUAUUAUGUUGCCUUUCAGGGUAAGCAACUAAUUCCCCUUAUUAGGGGCUCCUGGAAGACACCCUGGGUACAGAUUGAGUCUUCCCCUCCAUCUCUUUCUGAGACUGUCCAGGGCAGCACUGAGGAAAAUUUGUAACCUCUUCUUGAAAACAACCCUUUUGACAUGGAGUGAGUGGAGUUUGGUUUGGGCCCCGGGUGUGCCACCGCUCACCUCAAUAUUGGAUCACGUUGCUUUAAAUAUCAGCAAUUUCAGGCCUGGGAAUCUAGGGGAGUCUAUAGAAUUAGUGACGUACUAUAUGGAGAACAAGUAAUUAAGAAGGAGGCUGUCAUUGUGCUGCUGUUGGGUACAUUGUUUACAUGGUUGUAGCUGCCUCAGGCAUGUUCAUUUGCAGCAAAUCCCUAUGGAAGGGGACAAAUCUACAAGAUGGGGGACCAGCCUCUAUGCUUUAUAGCAGGGGUCAGCAAACUUUUUCAGACCUUAGAGGGUGGACAGCAGACUAUAUUUUGAAAAAAGAAAAGUAAAGAACGAAUUCCUAUGCCCCACAAAUAACCCAGAGAUGCAUUUUAAAUAAAAGGACACAUUCUACUCAUGUAAAAACACGCUGAUUCCUGGACCGUGCGUGGGCCAGAUUUAGAAGGUGAUUGGGCCGGAUCUGGAUGAAUCUCCAAAUGCAUGAGUAAUAUUACAUUUACUGAUACUUUCCUUGCUUCAGUAGUAGUAGUAGUAGUAGUAGUAGAAGAAGAAGAAGAAGACAUUAAUUUAAUUAAUUAAUUAAUUAAUUAAUUAAAAUAAUAUUUAUAUCUCACCCAUCUGGCUGGGUUUCCCCAGCCACUCUGGGUGGCUUGUGGUACAUAUAAAAACAUAGUAAAACCUCAAACAUUAAAUACCUCCUGAUACAGGGCUGCCUUCAGAUUUUUUCUAAAAGUCAGGUAGUUGUUCAUUUCCCUAACAGCUGAUGGGUGGGCGUUCUACAGGGAGGAUGCCACUGCUGAGAAGGUCCUCUGCCUGGUUCCCUCUAGCUUCACUUCUCGCAGUGAGGAAACUGCCAGAAAACCCUGGGAGGAGGACCUGAAUGAUGGGGUGGAGACACUCCUUCAGGUAUACUGGGCCGAGGUUACUUUGCUUUGUGCAGGUUUGUAACUGAAAUAAGUCUGUGUGCUGUUUGUAAUGUUUAAUGAAAAUAAUAAAAUUCUCUUUAAAAAAAUCUUAUUCCUAGCCCUAUUUUCCACCCACCCACAGUGACUUCGAGUGGAAAAAAUUCCACUGUUAUAUUUUUCUGUGCAAUAUUUUCCAUUCCUAAAAAUACAUUUUCCCCAUAAAAUUAAUCAUUAACAUAAUGAAUCAAAUAGCUGCUAGUUGUAAUGUUGUAAUUAACGUUUUCCAGAUGAUUGUCCCUAGGAAGUACUUGCACACAGACCUACAUACAAUUUCAGUACCUUAACUUUUUCUUAAACUUUAACUAACAUACCCUAAUAAAAACAAAUUCCAAACAAAUUGCUACCCAAGUGUGCUUUAUUGAUCCCCGCCCCCACUCAGAUAAAUUUAAAUGCUUCUGGUUUUUUGUAAAAUAUUUAAUAUUUAUGCAGCAUGCAAAAUGAACAUUGAAUACUUUUGAUUAAGGUUUGUUUACCAAACAGAAAUAAAUCUGUCACAUCACCCCUACUCCCAAGUGACUUAAGUUUAAGUUGAGUAAAGUGAGCUAAAAGUUGACAAUCAGGGUGCUAUUAAAGAAGCAGGAAGCAAAGAAAUAAAGGAGAAAGUGAGAGCUGAGAGACAGGUUUUGCUUCCUCACCCACUCACUUGCAUGUACCUGUCUGCCUCUGUGGCUCAGGAGCAAAGUAGGUAGAGACAGAAGCAGACAAGCAAAAGAAAAAGGGAUCGCUUUGUUUUCUGCUCACCCCCUGCCCCCACAAUUCAAGGAAAAAGAACAGGGGCAGCUGAUUGGGAGGGGGCAAUAGGUUAUACCUUUUGCUCCUUCCUGAGUUGCAGCUGCAAAGCUGAACCAUAGCUGGCCUGAAUCACAUAUUAUGAAUAUGAUUUUGCAAGGCAGUGGUGCACUGAAGCUGCUGGGUGUUUAAGCAGCAGCUAUGGCUAUAGUACCUUAGUCUGGGACUGGCGCUCAUUGCCAGUGCAGUGACCACAGAUUAGAGCAGAGAAAGAAAAAUCAUUUUUGCCUGGACACUUCUAUACUAUACUGGCAUGCCAAAUAUUUCAAAAUUUUAAAUAUUUUUAGGAUUACAGCCCUCAACCACUUCUAAUGGAUUACUCAUAUCAGUUUUGAAUUAAAUAACUGAUGAAUCAGUUAAAUUUGUGUAUGGGAAAAACAUUAUUUCUGAAGCAUGAAACAUGUUUACUUAAUUUUUAGAGAUGCACACAUUUGUCCUUGUAGGCAUAAUCUUGGUAAAGGCAUUCCUCCUGUGGUUGAGAGAAGGGAGAAUGCCUCUGAAUAAGUUGGUUGGCACCUGAGGUUUUUAUAAGCAUUGGAAAUUUAAAAAAAGUCCUGCUGUCCAGUUUGAUUAGGGGCAUCCUUUUAGUUAAUCAAUAUGUUAUACUGAUUUUUUUUUUAAAAAAGCAAGUUCCAGCCAUUGCUGUGACCCAGGCCAGUGGCCCAUCAAUUGGGUUGUUAUGAGAAAUGUUUCUAGCAUGUCAGACUGUAGAUUAAAAUUAUUUUGCUAUAGUGCUUUGCCUUCGCUUGAGAAUUUGACAUCUAACCAAAUGUAUCAGGAUAUACUAGAAAACUUCUUUGUUCAUAUGAUUUGACUUGCAGUCUAUCUUCUGUUCUAAAAUCCAAAUGUGCUUCCUGAAAUGCUCAUGUGUGUGUGUGUUUGUGUGUGUGUGUUUAUUUGUGAAGGCUAAAAUCUACUUGGUAUUUGCAGUGUAUAAGAAUGGCAUGGGAGGGGGGAAUUUAACACUAACAUGAUUUUUCCCCACAUUAAGGUUAGAGUCCUAUAACCACUUAACUGGGAGUAAGCACUGUUCAGUAUUCAGUUCAAUGGAUUUUGCUUCUGAGUUAGGCAUAGGAUUGCACUGUAAAAUAACUUUUAUCAAGGAAAUACUGGCUCAGUAGAUAGUGUCAGGAGCUCGUCCUACACUCGAGCAGGACCCUGGUAGAGACACAUGCCUGAUUGGCAUGUUCUCUCCCUCCUGGUCGAUUGUUUGGAAGUGUCAAAAGCUUUCUUCUGCCCGAACAUCACAGUGACCGAUGCCAACAGACAUCGGCACACUUAGGGAUCUGCAGAGUGUUCGCAGUUUGCGUAACAGAACUCAGCAACUCAGUAUUUUGGCUAAUCAACAUGGCUCCCUCUCUCUCUAGCAUCGGACAGCAAAAAGAAAGAACAAAGGACAAUAGUCCCACUUCACGGAACACAGUAACACAAACAUCCUGUCUCCGUCACUUCCCACACUGUGGAGUUAAAACAUACCCUGUCAUGUGAAAGACAACAAUCCCAUGACUGCAAUCACGGAGCAGGAAUUCCAACAGAUAGUAGGUUUGCCUAUGUUGCACAUGAGGCCUGCAGAGAGGUACAACUGUGAAAGAAAUAAUCUAAAAAUACAUUGCUGAAAUGUUAUACAUGAGUGAGCAAAAAGGGAUGAGAGGAAUCAGCUUUACAGAAAGCCGUUGUAUCAUUGCCAUCCUGUUUCAUUGGGUCAUAUACUGUGUCUAUCUGGGUGGCAGGGUUCGAAAUUAGCACGGUGCCAGGCCUAAAGAUUCGUGCCUAAAGACUAAAGAUUCUUCAUUUGUGAGCACCUCAAAAAGGCUGGGUACCAUUUUUGUGUGCCUGGCUGACACUCAAGGAUUACUGAAAUGCAUGUGCUUUGAAGCCUCGAAGUAUAUGUUAAGGAUAGACAAUAUGUUAAGGAGUUUAACAAUAAAGAGUAGAGUGUUUUGAAAACUGUAAACAUAAUUUCUACUAAAAUGCGAUAUUAACAAUGUGUCAUUUAUGUGAAUUGUGUAUUAGUUUGUGCUUAUCAAUAAUGAAUAAGAAAUGUUGCUGCCCCCCCCCAUGGCAACCAGACAUUCUGUUUUGGUGCCCACAGGCUCCUAGCUUUUCUACUCCAGUUUCUAACACUGCUGGGUAGUGAUUAUACUCCAAUUUUAUACCAGCCAAUUGAGUUUUAGAUUGAAACCCGGACAUGAGCACCUACUUCCCAUCCAGGCAGGGGUGGGUGCUCACUACCAGCUAUUGCUCUGGAAAAAUUCUGGGGACUGAGACUUCAAGUAAAGGACCCUGAGUGCCCUUGCUCCUGUAAGUGUGCAUGGUCUACUUCUAAAGUGUGCUGUCAGAUACCUAUGGUUUUAUAGAGUGGUAAAUAAGUAAGUGUGAUAUGCAGCACAUGCUCAUCAAGAAUUCUGAGAGGGCCCACCUGAACUCUGUUUACCUUCCUCCUGCACAUGCCCAAGCUCACAUAUGUGUGCUGGCAGUGUGUUCGGACAUUAGGGGAAAUAAAAUCUGCACAAACAUCCCAUCUCUACCUCUGUCUGUUGUGAGAGAGUGAGAAGGGCUUCAAUGGAGUGAUACUGAAGGAUGUCCAGCCACUUGGCAAUGGAAAUGCACUUGUGCAACUGGAUUUCUGGUUUCUCUUCUUUCUCAUCCAGCUCCCUGCACACACCCAAAAUCUGCUCCAGACGAUCCCCCAAGACUCAAGAGCAGAUUUUGAAGUUGUGGGGAGUUGUAGUGGGGAAGAAAAGAUGAAGGCCUGUUGUGUGAGUGGGUAUCCGCUCAUGACCUCAUUCAUGGUUAUAAAAUCAAUCGGCAUGUUUAUAGAAGAGAUACCUGAAAUAUCUCAUGGGAGCCAGUGUGAUCUAGUAGUAGUGUGUUGGACUAUAACCUGGGAGACCAUGGCUUGAAAUUCCACUCAGUCAUGAAACUCAUGGAGUGACCUUGGACCAAUCACAGUCUCUCAGUCUAACCAACCCUGCAGGGUUGUUGUGAGGAUAAAAUGAGGAGGGGAAAAACUUUGUAUGACAUCUUGACUUCCUUGGAUGAAAAGUGGGAUAUAAAUGUAAUAAAGAAAUAAACGUUUGUUUGACCUAGGUUUAAAUUGAUUCAUUUUAGUAGUGUUAGUGAUAGAUUCUCCUAGAUCAUUUUAUCCUAUAUAGUAGUUUUAAUCAGUCUUACCCAUUCCUGCUUCCAAAGGAUUCUAAGUAUGGCUGUCAUAGGAGAAAAGGAGGACAUUUGCAGGUGCAUAAUAUCUCCUCUACCCCAAGAUACUGCUCGGUCAUGAUUCAUGUGUUGUUCAAGCUGAGGUAACUACCCUCACUUCCUUCUCAGAUCAGAUAAAGAUAUAAAGGAAAGGAAAGGCAGUAAAACACACUUUUUAAAGAAAAUGUUUCCCAAUUAAGGAAUGUAUUCAAUGCUGCAUGAACAACCUCCAGUCACACAACAAGGUCUUCCCUUCUUCUCUGGCCAUGCAACCCUCAAAUCUAUAUCAGAGGUACUACAAUGGUCUGGAGCAAAUUUUGAAGUGCAGGGGAGAGGAGGGGAAGGUUACAUUGCACAAAUGGAGUAGUAGCAUUGGAUACAGUCCAUAGUGUUUAAACUACUCUUUACACUUGGUAAUGUGAAUUGGGCUGCUCUGCAUGAACCAUCUUUGAGUGCAAUCAAACCAAGUUUAGCUGUUUAAACAAUGCAAUCCUAUGCACAUGUACUGUACUCAGUUGCAAGUCCACAUUGGUUAAAAGGAUUGUAAUGUAUGCCUUAGGCAAGCAUCCUGGCGUAGAUAGUUCCUCUCUCAUUGCGACCCUCCAAAUUUCACUUAAGCUGGUAACAAAUCCAUGAAACAGAGGCCACCUCUGCCUCCCAAAGCACUCCCAGAUAAGGGACUGUAGCACUGAAGCUUAAAUCAUGUUAGAAUCAGAAUAACCAAAGGAGCUUAGCUUGGGAUCGAUUAUACCCUCUUUUAUUAGUUGCUAUACUAGAGAAGCUUACUGCUUGCUUAAUAGAUUUUUAUUACUGUACUGGUUACUAUUGUGUUGUUUUAUAUAGCUGUGGUUCUGUCAGCUAAACCUGUUGUCAUUGACCGUGUUACAGAAGUAACAAAGGGCAUUCUCAUUUUUUCAUGAAGCGUUUAAUCCAUAUUUGCUUACUGCUGCUAUGGAAAAGACAAGUGUAUCAGUAGAGAAGCCUCCUUAGGUUGCAUGUUGUUAUAUUUAUAGCACAAUAGAUCCCUGACAUGGUUGAAGUUUGAGUGCUUUCCAUGCAUCUCUGCCAAUGCAUCUGUUUUCUCUUAAUUUAUUUUCAAAGAUGCCAGAAUGAGUGCAUGGAGACUAUUUUGCCUAAUAAAGCAGAGACAUUAUGAAAGUGCAUAAAGGAUGCUGUACUGUUGCUUUUUCAUAGUGGUAAUGUGAGCUGAGACUAUAGCUAGGGCUUUGUAUUGCUUCAUUCUUUGGUGAAAAUCAAAUGCUGAUUAGGAUGCCAAAUAAUUUUGACAUUAGUCUUCUGAUGCUACAUUUUUUCAGUUUAACAUAUCUUCCAUAUUAAUUUAGUGUUCAACAGUAGGAGAUUUACUGGGGGGGGGGUAAUAAGUAUUUCUGUAUCCCUGUCCUUAAAGCUUAUUGUCCUAUAGAGAAAUGCUGGCUCAUCAGAACAUUGCCAGAGUAAGGUUUUCCCACCCAUGCCUGUCACAGUGUGAAUCAGCCUUCCUGGACUUGGGAAGUCGUGGAAGAAACUGGAAGUAAACACUAGAGAAACUGGAAGUAAACACUGACAAAGAGCUCCCUGUUGUAUGGGAGGAGUAAGCUUUGCUUGGGCUAAUUCCAGCUAACAUAUACAGCACUGAACCAUAGUUUAGUGUUACAUGUGAACCCAGCUGGUGUAUAACAAACAUAAGUGACUCUCCACUUCGCGUUUGUUUGAGACACAUUGACUAUACCAUACAAUAAGAUGCUCUCUUCUCCCCUUUUGCACUCCCAGUUCCCCCUUUCAGUUCUGUGUUCAUGGUAACUAUAAUUUACCUUUAUGUCUGAAUGAGGCAAGCUAUGGUCACUGUGAGCCAUUGUUUACUUUCAAACCAAAAUGAGAAACCAUUGUUUGAACUGAGCUUGUAAUGCUGGUUUGCAGGCAAACUGAUUAGAUUUAACAGCACACUGUAGUUACCCUGAACCUGGAUGGGAGAGAAUAAAAGUACACAAACCUGAGGUACAUCCCAAUAACCAAACCAUAUAAUAUCUGAACCAAGUAUCUGUACAGAACUUAAAUGGAGUUUGCUGUGGCUCUUAUAAUGGUUAAUGUACUAAUGGACUGUAAAGAGCGGUAUUGAAAUUGUUAUGUAAUUGCAGCCAUGUCCAGGAAUCAUUUGCACAGUUUGCUUAUUUGUAUUGGGUGCGUGCCAUUUAUAUAUACACAGUAUAACCAAUAACAAAUCCAUUUUACUGUUUGCAUCUUGGUUAUUCCCCUGUAAUUGGUAGAAUAUCCAUUGCAUCAAAGAAGACAGCAGCCUCCCUAGAAAGCAGAGCAGAGGAAAUCUUCAGAAUAUAAGUGACUUUAAUGACAAUUGUUCAGCUUAAGCAAAAAAGUAACGCAUGUAGACAACACUGCAGAUAAUUCAAGAUAUGAGCUACACUAUCAAGUGCUGUGGAUCACAGACUUUAAUCGUAAACAAGUUCCACUGAAAUCAAUAACAUUUCUGAGUAAACAUUUUUAGCAUUGUGCUAUAAGUUUAUUGUGAAACUAAGAUGCCUCAAUUCCUGAAAACAGACAUACAUCAAUAGAUAUCCUUCAAUAAAUGUUUCUAAAAUUCUUCUUUAAAAAAAGAAAAGAAAAAAAGCUUAAAACUCCUAUUAUUUCCCGCUUUCAGCAGAAUAACUCUAUGAACCAGUGCUGAGAUGCCAUUUUAAGAGGUUAAAUUACUUUCUAAAUGUUGCUGUGAAGCAGAAGGGAAGGGAAAAGAUCAAGUUACUCAUUCUUCAUUCCAGAGCCUACCACUACACUUGAAGGCUGGAGACAUGCUGGCUAGAAUACACAGUUGCCAGUCGUCUUUAGCCCUGCCCCCACUCAGGGGAAAGACCAAAAGAGAUUUUCUUUAAAGGGGGCCUGGAAAGGGAAAACAAUUUUUCUUUUCUCCAGGAUUUUUUAAGUGCAGCUGCCAUAUCAUCUACUAUGCUGAUCAUAUAAUCACAGUUGUCGUGUUUUUAGUUAUUACUUCGCCAAAUGUUACUUUUAUACGCGUAAGAAAGUUUUGGUCCCUUUACUUUUUUUUCAGGGUGAACAUAAACUAACCUAACUAGUUGAUAACUGUGUGCACGAGGUGGUACUUUAUUCUUAAUUCUGUGUUCCGUUAUAGAAAGAAUGGAGGAAAUUGCUUGUUGACUUUCUCUCACAAGGCUGCAUGCACUCUUACAUAAAGAAAUGAACCACUAGUAAUAGUUACACAUUGACGUGUAUUUUCUCUUUAUGCUCAAAAAGCUCUUCAGCUCAGUUGUAAUCAAAUGAAGCAGGAAAGGCUUGUACCUUUUCCUUCUCUCCCUCAAUAUUUUUCAUUGCAGUCAGGACAGUAUGCUCCUGUCCUGGCCACGUCCUGUAAGAACAUACCUCUUAAUGGUGGAGAGGAGGCUGCAGGAGGGUGGGGUGGGAGGAGAGAGACGACAGCUUAAUCAGCAAGGGUCAUACAUUUUGGGGGGUUGAUUCAGAGAGGCAGGCAUGGUGAUCAGAUGGUUACGUUUAUUACAAUAUUGCUGGUUUCCCAUAGCUGAUCAGGGACAUUGGUAGGAAAAGAGUUGGUCUUGAGCACAGCUUAUGAUGCAAGCAAAAUAAGAGCAAUGGCAAAUCAUGAUUUUUGUUUCUCAAGAGGCUAAAGUUUCCCAUUAUGCCAAUAACUGCCACAUCUUUGACUUCUCCCUUUUCAGACACAUUUAUGAGAUUGAUGUGACCAUAUGAGGAUUAAUAUAUAUGGGGCAGAUUAUGAAACAAGGGUGGGGAAGGCACAUCAAUCUAAGUUUAUAGGAGCUGGUGAUUGAAAGAUGUCUGCCAUUCACCUGGAAUUUGGAAACACACAGAUGGUGGUUCAAUCAGUUUAGUUGGGAGGGGAGGAGGAAUCUAGUUCAAAUUAUUUGUGUGAUGCACCACUUGCCUUUAAUCUUGGGACUACAUAAGCAAAUGCACAAUUUUAUCCAUGCAGUUAGCUACUUAAAAAUCAAAGGUUGCCUUACAUAAAUACAUUUGUAAGAAAUAUGUCUAACUUUAAUGGAACAUUGCUAAAAAAUUUCUCUCAACUUUUUGUGUUUAUACUAGGUCAAUCAUUAUUAUAGCUAGUAAUACCUGCCUUUAAAAUAAAUAAAUAAUGUUUUGCAUGGCUAUUUAGUACAUUGAGUUCCACAAAGAUGUGAUGUUAGUUUGCAGACAUGCAAAAUAUGGAAUUUCUAUUUUUAACUCAUGCAGUUAGUUGUAUGCAUGCAACAGAACUGUGAAAAAAAGAAUGAUACCUCUGAUCAGUUUAUUGCUAGUUAAAGAUGUAGUGACUGAAAAGUCUGCUUUUAUUAUACUCCAAGUGUGGAUAUACACAAGAAGCACUGUGUAAAAGUCUCAGCCAGAUUGAAAUAUGCGUGUUUCUGAGAUUUCUCUGACCAUUUCUUUCUCAAGUUGCGAGUUGGAAAAAAGGCUCUCGCAGUUUUUAGCAAAGUAUUGUCACAGACUGCUGUAACUGCUUGUGGUCCUGCAAAAAUUCUAUAGUCUUUUAAAGUCGUUGGCUACAGUAUUUAUGUGAAGUACAGUGGUACCUCGGGUUAAGAACUUAAUUUGUUCCGGAGGUCCAUUCUUAACCUGAAACUGUUCUUAACCUGAAGCACCACUUUAGCUAAUGGGACCUCCUGCUGCCACCGCGCCACCACCAUUGUGCGAUUUCUGUUCUCAACCUGAAGCAAAGUUCUUAACCCGAGGUACUAUUUCUGGGUUAGCGGAGUCUGUAACCUGAAGCGUCUGUAACCUGAAGCGUCUUUAACCUGAGGUACCACUGUAGCCCUAUGAUGGGAUGUACACACACUAUUGUAAAGUAUUUAGUUUCUGUGUUUGGAAAAAUUACAGAAGUAAUGAAAUUGGCAUGUAUAGUUAGUAAACAGCUUCUGAAACAUCCCUCAGAAUAUGUAAUCCAUAGACAUAACCACAGGAAAAAUGGUGGGGAUCAAGAUGUCUUGCCAUAAUUUGGGGAAAGAGAAUAAUUGUGGCCAGUUCAGUUCAGUUCAGUUGCAGUAUCUAGCCUGUAGUUUUUAUCCCACAACAGAUUCACAUUUGAAAAACUUUCUUCCCCUAUUUUUCCCCCUGGCAGUACUACAAUAGCACCUGCUUCUUAUAUGAAGCCAACACAAGUAGUUGCUUCUCUUCCUAAAAUCAGCCUUAAGGCAUUGAAAUUCCUAGGCAAGCAUUUUUCUCCCUUGUUUACCCUUAAUACUGGAGAGGUAGAAUUGAGGUUUGAUUCUUUCUGCAUGCCUAAAUCAUGCAAUCAUGGAAAUGGGUCUUAAGCAGAUUUUUAAAACAUGGAGAGGAAUUCUUAAUAUUUUGGAUUGGUAAUCUUUUUUGUAUUUUGGAGGAAAGAAUAGAUGAACUGAACUUGCUUAUUAACAAAUUAAGCGGCAUGGUACUGUUGGAGCGCUCCUCCAUCUUGAUUGCUAUUACUCCUCAAGUGGAAGAAGCUUCACUUUACUGUGUGUUAUGUGCCCUCUGAACUAACACAGGCUGCUUUACAUCAGUUCUGUUGUGAAGUUCAUUGAACUUCCUUACAGCUCAUUGAAGUUUGUGCCGCUCUUCCAUGAAAGUCUUGUUGUUGUUGUUGUUUAGUCGUGUCCGACUCUUCGUGACCCCAUGAACCAGAGCACGCCAGGCACUCCUGUCUUUCACUGCCUCCCACAGUUUGGUCAAAACCAUGAAAGCCUAUGGGUCCGCAUUUCUGAAGCAGCCCUGCCCACAAGCCUGCAUUUUCUUCUUGCAGAAGGUGAUCAAGUCAGUGAUUUUAGCUAUAAGGUGGCAAUAGGAGAGGGAGUUUGAUCAAGGAUUGAAUCACUUCUGAAGUCUCAUUGAGUGUGGGGUGGGGUGGGGCUUUGACUGGCCCCACAGUUUUCCACAAAACGUCUCAGGAUUCCAUCUGUUCUAAACCUUGGGCUUGUUUGUGGAUGUUAUUUUCGCACACAUUGUGGCUGUGGGAAAUUUAAUAAGAUCUCAAGUAGGACAUGUAGGUUUGUCAGAAAAAUGAUAUAGCAGAUAUUCUGUUGGUGUCAGUACAGCAAGAACCAUGCUCCUAUUUUCAGUGGUUUAUAUGCGUUCCAACAGACAUUAACAAGAUUAGUGAGAUUUCAGCAAAUGCGUAGGAAAAACACUUUAUGUUUUGGCUUUACAAUUAUAUUCUAUAGUGUGUGGAAAAAAACAAGAAUUUUCCAAAUAUAAAAAGAGUGUUUGAUAAAGAGGUUUAAUGUCAGCCUGUCUAUUCAGCAAAGACUGCAGUCUUUAAGAACUGGUGUUAUCUGAUAGUUGAGUUAGUUUCGGGUUGCUCCAUUUUACACAAAUUUAUUAUUGAUUCCCAAGGCCUGUUAAACCAGUGAUAGGAAUACUUACAAAUGUGCAUGGAGGCAGAAGCAUUAUGACCUUCUUGUAAUGACAAAGGUUAUUAUGAAGCUUUGAGGUAGCAAUCCUGAAACUUAAAUUUUGAGGGCUGAGUGCUUGAUUGUCUGCUCAUGCCAAAGGCAGAACUGCACGUGUUAACCUUUGGAAUUAGCUUGAGUCAGGCUCAUUAGCUUGCUGUGUUCAGCUUAACCAGAACAUUAUGGACAAUGUGGAAGUCUUUCUUUAGCACAGGACUAGGGAACCUGUGUCCCAUCAAUUGCUUUUGGACUACAGUUCUCAUAAUAGAAUCAUAGCAACCUGACCAUUGACCACAUUGGUGGGGGCUGAGAAGAGAUGGUGACCAACAGCCUCUGAAGGACCACAGGUACCCAGGCCUUCAAGAUUUUGAACUCUGCAUGCUGACACAAUGUAGUUGGACAAAAAUCGACUUCAAAAUCCUAAAGCACUAAUGGGGCACCUGUGGUUCUCCAUAUGUCCCACUCCUGAUUUAGGAUUUAGAACCCUUAUUUUUGCCCAGCUACAUAUCAAUCAUGUGCAACAGCAUCAUUUUUAUGUUUGUAGUGUUUUUUAAUAGUAUUGAAGUAGCAUAAUUUAUUGCAUAGUCAUGCAGCCUUUCUGGCAGCUGGUAGGAAUAUGCUGCAGGCCAUGUUGCAUUCCCACUGGAGGUGAAGAGCAACCAUCAAUUGGUGUCAAAAUACGCUCGUAACUUUUCAGCUCUUUCACUUGAUGGCAUAACAGAAGGUGGGGAGAACAUCUUUAGUGUUUUUGAAGUAGGCACAUAACAAGCUACAGAGCCUUUGUGUAGACAUUUUUCUCAGCUGCUUCUGCCUUCAUCAGUGUUAUGUUCGCGUGUGUGUGUGUGUGUGUGUGUGUGCGCGCGCGCACACACAUAUAUUUCUGCAGGAGGCACAAGGAAGCUGUUUUUAUACUGACCUGUAGAUCUUAAUGAAUGGUUAGUCCUCAAAUUUAUUCCUGGUGCUGAACAUGUUUGUGAUUUUGCCAUGGUCUCAACCUUGUGAAUACUAGCCAUUCCAAAUGGAAAUCUGUCAUAAGAUUUACAUACAGUUUCACAAAAAUAUUGAAGCAUGUACAUGGACACUCUUAAAGAUCUGAACCACACAAGAGUUCUGAACCACACAAUAAGGGCUGAGAAAACAGAGCAGUGCCCUUCCAUUUUACCCUUCUGUAUUUCUGACAAACCUAUCCAUCUUGCUGGGGUGGGGAGGAAGUUUACAGUAGGUAGAGUCUGUGCAGAGAAUUGUGUUCCUCUAAAGAUUCAGCCCAGCAUAAUUAUCCUACUUUUCAGGAGUGGUUUGCUAUAGUUAUACAAACCUACUUCUCAACCUCUUCCACUUCUCCCACACCCUAUCAGCCAUAUAGCUGCUAUACAGAGUCCAGGAGCCAGCAUACUACCCCACCUUCCAAAAUACGUAUUCACAAUGCAAGAUUUCUCCUCUUAACUUAAAGCCAGCUUUGACCGUUUUAAUCACUUGCCUUUCUCCAUAGAACUGCUUUUUUAUUUUAUUUUUUAAAGAGACGGGAAUGCAAUUUUGGGGAGUGAAUUGUCAAAAUAGAUCUUAUUUAUGGCAACAAUUUAUUUAAAACUGAGGGCCAAGCUAGGAACUAUUACAGGUUCUUUAAGGCACUAGAUCACAUAGGAAACUGAGAGAAUAUUUAAAUUCUUGAGUGAUAGCAUUUUUAGAAGCCUCAGCAACCAGAUGGUUAAGAUUCUUCCAGUCCUUCCCUAAGUUAACAUAGUUACUACACCAAGUUUUAUAUCCCCACUUCAAUUGUUUUUGUUUUUGACUAUGCCAGGACUAUAGAAGUCUGUUGGUUGUCAUCCUGAAUUAUAUACAGUUAAUUGCAUAUGAAAAUGGAGCCUGUAUGUAUGUAACACUUUGAAGAAUUGUGUUGUUGUGCAUCAUUGCAGAUGAUGGCGAGCAUCCAAAUAACUACUUUAGGCAUAUCCAACAACUCAGGCAUGCCUAGUGGGAUUCAUGGUGUUAUCACAGACUGCUUUUGAAAGCCCCUUCAAAGUACUUUGCUACACAGUACAGAGAGGCUGUGUAGUGUUAGUUUGUGUUAUUUGCAGACUAACGUUUAUGCGCACAAAUACUCUAUAGCUGGUAGGAUGAAACACAUACACAUCUUUUUAGUUCUUAAAAAGCCUGUUUGAAAUUAAAUUCCAACUCUUUUCCUGUCUUACAGCUUUAAAGAAAUAUGCAUUGUUACAAUUUUAUUUUGGAAUUGAUGAAGUGGAAAUACAGAUGAAACAAGUUUGCAGGAUAUCAACUCUACAGCACCAUUUCAUCCCACUCAUCAGCAAAAGGUAACAAACAUCCAUUCAAAAAUGGGCUCAAUUCAAAUAUAACAUUCUUAUGGGCUGUUGGAUUAGAAAUGUUAACUUUUAUUUAAAGCACCAAUAUCAAAAUUCUGGGGGAGGGGGGUCUAUAAUAUAUCUCCUGGUCAGAUUCAAAGCUGCAAAUAAACAAAACAAAGCAAAAAACACGAACCAGCCUUCCUUGCUGUGCUGGUUUUUUAGUCCUCACUGUAGCAGGAGGGCAUGAGUUUCAUUACAGGCACUUGAAACAUAAUUGACAAUCAGCGUCCAUUGUAUUUCAUAUUUGAAAAUGUCAUAUAAAAUGCCUGUUGGCUCUCCUUGUUGGAGAGGCUGAUUAAAUCCCUUUUCAGACACUUUGUAAACUUCUAGGCAAACUAUCAACCAAUCCUACUGGUCAGAGUGGCUGAGAAGAUCAAAAGGGAUGGUGCCUUAACCCUUGGCAGAAAAAUAAUAGUUUAGCACAGGCUUCCUCAGCCUCGGCCCUCCAGAUGUUUCUGGCCUACAACUCCCAUGAUCCCUAGCUAGCAGGACCAGUAGUCAGGGAUGAUGAGAAUUGUAGUCUCAAAACAUCUGGAGGGCCGAGGUGAAGGAAGCCUGGUUUAGCAUAUGAUAGUUCAAAAUAGUCUACCUCAGUUCAGAUGUUUUUGAUUGCUGUUCCGUUUAUGGGGUAAAAUUGGUCCAAUAUCUGAUCUAUCAUUACAUGCAGAAGUUUGUUCAUGGUUGGACACAUAAUAAUGAGUCUCAGCAGAAACUGGCCCAGAUAGAUGGACAUUAGUAUGUCAUUGUUUAAAGCAGUGGUUCUCAAACUUUUUUCUCUGGACCACACCACACCACAUUAUUUUAUUGAUAAGAAGUACAUUGCAAAACAAGAAGAAUCAACUACUAGCAGUGCUUGAUUUAUCAUAUAGAAAACAACUACUUCAUAACAUGAUCACGGGACAUCCAGAAAGUGUGAAACAAUGCAGCUACAUAAGAACAUGACUCAUUUCCAAAAUAUAAUUCUAAAUGAGCCUCUUACACAUGUACCGUAUUUUUCGUUCCAUAGGACGCUCCGUCCCAUAGGACGCACCUACUUUUGGGGGGGGAAAUAAAGGAAAAUUUUUUUUCCUUUAUUUCCCCCCCCAAAACCAGGUCGGGGACCAGUGGGAUGGCGGCGCUGCGCCUCCCGUUGUCCCCGAGCUUGUGGGGCUGGCCGAUGUCUGCCCGGGCGUGAGGGGCGCUCUGCUUCAGGGCGCCCCACGCGCCGGGCGGCAGGCUGCAGACACCUGCGCGAAGCACGGGACGUCCUCCGAGGGCGCCCGUGCUCCGCGCUGCAGGCUACCGCCCGCAGCCUUGCGCUCCCGGGGAGAUCCCGGGUGCGCAAGGCUUGCGGACACCUGCGCAAGCACGGGACGUCCUCCGAGGGCGCCCCGUGCUCCGUGCUGCAGGCUGCCGCCCGCAGGCCUUGCGCUCCCGGGGAGAUCCCCGGGUGCGCAAGGCUUGCCGACACCUGCGCGCGAGCACGGGGCAUCCUCCGAGGGCGCCCUGUGCUCCGCGCUGCAGGCUGCCGCCCGCAAGCCUUGCGCUCCCGGGAGAUCCCCCGGGCGCGCAAGGCUUGCCGACACCUGCGCGAAGCACGGGGCGUCCUCCGGAGGGCGCCCCGUGCUCCGCGCUGCAGGCUGCCGCCCGCAAGCCUUGCGCUCCCGGGGGGAGAUCCCCCGGGCGCGCAAGGCUUGCCGACACCUGCGCGGGCACGGGGCGUCCUCCGGAGGGCGCCCGUGCUCCGCGCAGCAGGCUGCCGCCCGCAAGCCUUGCGCUCCCGGGGAGAUCCCCGGGCGCGCAAGGCUUGCCGACACCUGCGCGAGCACGGGGCGUCCUCCGGAGGGCGCCCGUGCUCCGCGCAGCAGGCUGCCGCCCGCAGCCUUGCGCUCCCGGGAGAUCCCCGGGCGCGCAAGGCUUGCCGACACCUGCGCUGGGCACGGGGCGUCCUCCGGAGGGCGCCCCGUGCUCCAGCGCUGCAGGCUGCCGUCCGCAAGCCUUGCGCUCCCGGGAGAUCCCCGGGUGCGCAAGGCUGCGGACACCUGCGCGAGCACGGGACGUCCUCCGAGGGCGCCCCGUGCUCCGCGCUGCAGGCUGCCGCCCGCAAGCCGUGCGCUCCCGGGGGGGAGAUCCCCCGGUUGCGCAAGGCUGGCCGACACCUGCGCGACGCACGGGAUGGCCGCCGGAGGGCGCCCCGCGCUCCGCGCUGCAGGCUGCCCCCCGCAAGCCUUGCGCUCCCGGGAGAUCCCCGGGUGCGCAAGGCUUGCGGACACCUGCGCGAGCACGGGACGUCCUCCGAGGCGCCCGUGCUCCGUGCUGCUGGCGGCCGCCCGCACGCCUUGCGCUCCCGGGGGGCGAGCCCGCGGGUGCGCUAGGCUUGCAGACACCUGCGCGAAGCACGGGGCAUCCUCCGAGGGCGCCCUGUGCUCCGCGCUGCAGGCUGCCGCCCGCAAGCCAGGCGCGCCCAGGGGGGAUCUCCCCCUGGGCGCGCAAGGCUUGCGGGCAGCUGCUGCGAAGCACGGGGCAUCCUCCGGAGGGCGCCCGUGCUCCGCGCUGCAGGCUGCUGCCCGCAAGCCUUGAGUGCCCAGGGAACUCCCCGGUGCGCAAGGCUUGCAGAUAGCUUCCUGGAGCCUGAAGAGCGAGAGGUGCCGGUGCGCACCGACGCCUCUCGCUCUCCAGGCUUCAGCGAAGCUCUGCAUUCGCUCCAUAGGACGCACACACAUUUCCCCUUCAUUUUUGGAGGGGAAAAAGUGCGUCCUAUGGAGCGAAAAAUACGGUAUGUUAAGUGUGUAUACAAACUCAAUGAGAGGUGUGAGCUUGCAGUAUCACUUGAUGCUCCUAGUCUCAUUUUGAAAAGCUAGUUAUUCAUAUUUUGAAAAUAGAAAAAUAUUUUUACAUUAUACUACACUAAAAUGUUUCUUUGAUUGUCCUUGAAUCUUUGUAGCACAUUUUCCAGCCUCUCCUGCCACACUUGUGUGGUGCACCACACCCUCUGAGAACCACUGUUUUAAAUGAAUGGUGAUGAAAUCUUAUUGGCAAAGUUAUACUUCUGAGUAUUUUUUAAGAGAAAGGUCCUGUUUACACUCUAGUUUGAAAGAUAGGCUUGGAUACAUUUAUCCCCUUCAGAAUGCUCUCAUUGGAUAAGGCACAAGAGGGAGUUUGCUGAAGAUACUGAUGAAGUAAUAGUAACCAAAGUCCAAGGGAACAAAUAGCAAGAAAAAUUCAGGGCAAAAGGAAAGAUAUGAAAAAAAUCAUUUAUGAUAUUGAAAUUUGGGACAUAAUGGUGAGUGUCAAGUAGAAUAAACCCAUUCUAGUAAAACACUUAGCUUGGUAUUAUUGUAAUUUUCACCUGCUAUUAAAAUGAGAUAAUUCAAUAAUUAAAAUUAUGAUUUUGUUUCUGUUCAGAUAGCUUUCGUUGUACUUACUUUUGUGAGAAGUUCUUGAUCCAGUAUCUAGUUUUAUUUCACAUUCAGUUUUAAAUUGUGUUUUUAUGUUGCAAAUGCUGAAAUUGUGGAGAAACAUAACAAAAGAUUCAUAAAAAUGCAUCAUAGGGGAAUUUAGGUAAAUAUUGUGUACAUGGCAAAAUAUAUAAUGAUCCCAAGCAACAUUUCCUUAAAAUAUGUGUCCCUUUAAAAUUUUCACUCAUCUUCCACAGAAAUGAAGCACUUGCUUUCCUUCCCAAGCACAUUAUAAUUUUAUGCUAAGAAACUUUGGGAUUCCUCAUAAAAAGUCCCCCCCCCAUAUCAACACUGCUUAGCAUUGAUUUUCAUGAAUUGGGGGGUACCAUGAAACAACCUUAUUUUAACACUUUAAAAAACUAAGGGAAAAUACCAGUCUGUUGCUACUGAAGUGUGAACAUUAUCUUUGUACUCUGUUUUGUUCAUCUACUGAAAUUUUGAUUGGUUUUAGAGUCUGUUUUGAAACUGUUUUUAGACCUACCUUGUUUUGAGCUUCAGGGAAUACAUUUUUGUGAAAGAAUGUGUCCAUAGUUGUUUAGUCAUAACACAUUUAUGAUACCUAAAAAUACAUAGUUGCCUGUUUAUCUUGCUCUAACUUGAAAUCAACCACUUACUUGAUAAGAGAGACAAAACAGGAGUCCUUACAAACUUGAAUUAAAUGUUGCUCCACAACUUCCUCUACUAUCCGCCAACUGUUCUGCUCAGCUUAAUAGUUUUCUGAUACCCUUUGUGGGCAACACUGAAAACUCUGGUAUUUCUGUUAUUGAAACUCCUUUGGCCAUAGUUCCUAAGGACAGUUGCUCACAAUGCACUCAUUGCAUUCCAAUCAUUGCAAAAUACAGUCAUACCUCGUGUUGUGUUCCGCUCUUCUUAUGGACUUUCAGCUUACGAACGUGGCAAACCCAGAAGUAUUUACUUCCGGGUUCGCCGCCCGCGUAUGCACAGAAGCAACCUGCGCACUGUGUGCAGAAGCGAUUGCUCGCACCUCACACAUGCGCGGAAGAGGCUCUCUAGUUGUGGACUUUUUGGGGUGCAAAUGGCACCCCAAAACGGAUUAAGUCCACAACUAGAGGUACCACUGUAGGUUUCGUUGGCCGAGUUUGAACAUCAUGCUUAAACCAUCGUUUCAGUAUUAUAUAAAUGAAUCUGGACAUGAGCCUUGGGUUUGCCCUCUCUUUUGUAGUUCAGGCAUGAAAAUGAGAUUGGAAGAAUCUGCUUUCAGAUUAAAAUAACCAUGGUUGUCACUACAGUUACUCUAGAGUUUAGUUUAUUGGAACAAGUUAGAAUCAAUCCAUGGUUUCUGAUCCUGGCAUUUCCUGUGUGUUGUUUCCUUCAGACUUCUCAUAAUGAAGCACUCCAGCAGCAAAACAGCGCACAAACCUGAUGUUGGGAAUUGUUGGAUUGACUUUAGAUCUUUUCAGUUUAAAUGGUGAUCCUAAGAUAGCUGUGCAUCUGAAAGGGCCAGUUCAGAGUUCCCCUCCAUCUACUUCUGUUAGAGUGGGGAGAGAGAGAACAAUUUGCGUUUAGUGGGAAUGGUUUGAACACACAUUCUGGAAUGUGUCUUAAAGUAUUUUUCACCUCACAUUAAAAGGUUGCAUCUGCUUUGACCAUUAGUUUGCUUCCAGUAGUCCUUAACUUACUGAAUAAGUAGUUUCUGUCAAUCCUUUUGCCCUCAUUGCAUGGGUGUAGCUCGGUUUCUCGUUAGGGGGGCAGGCAAAGCAUUUUUUAAGGGGAUCAGCCAAAGUUGCUGAGCUUUUUGAGAGGAAAACACUGAUAGAAAUAUCCCCCAAAAGACAUCUGCUGGCGCCACCCCCCAGCUAUGCCCAUGCCUCACUAUACUCCAUUCUUCAGCAGGGAAAGAUCCAUGAAUGCCACUGUUGCUAACUCACACUCUUGUGUGACUCUGUUCUUCCACAGCACAGUGGUACCUCAUGUUACGUACCGUCCCCCUUCAGAAUGCUUCAGGUUUUGCGCUCCGCUAACUCGUAAGUAGAUGCCCCUUGUUGCGAACUUUGCCCUGGGAUGCGAGCGGAAGUCGCGCUCCAGCGGCGUGGCGGUAGCAGCAGCAGGAAGCGCCAUUAGCGAAAGCACGCCUCAUGUUAUGAACGGUUUCCGGUUACGAACGAAUCUCUGGAACAGAUUAAGUUCGUAACUGGAGGUACCAUUGUAGUUUGCUCACUCUGGCUGUGGGUACUCUUUCCUGACCAGACAAAUGGAGAUACUACCCUCUUUUCACCAAUCGGGGGGAAAUCUGCUCCUUUGGAAACAGAAUAUGCGGUGCAAAUAGCACCUCCAAACAUAAGGACAUUUAAUAAAUGUGCAACAUAAAAAUAUAAGAAGAGCCUGUUGCAUCAAGCCAGUGGCUCAUCUGGUCCAGCAUCCUCUUCUCGCACUGGCCGAACAGUUGCCUAUGGGAAGCCGCCUCUCUCCUGUGGUUUCCAGCAACUGAUAUUGAGAAACCCCAAAGUGGAGGUAGAACAUAGCUACCAUGGUUAGUAGCCAUUGAUAGCCAUAUCUUCAUGAAUUUGUCUAAUCCUAUUUUAAAGCCAUUGAAGUUGGUGGCCAUCCCUGCCUCCCAUGGGAGCAGAUUUCAUCGUUUAACUGUGCACUGUGUCCAGAAGUACUUCCUUUUGUCUGUCCUGAAUCUUUCAACAUUCAGCUUCAUUGAAUGUCCCCUAGUUGAAAGACAGAGACAAACCUGUCUCUAUCCACAUUCUCUACAUAAUGCAUAAUUUUGUACAACUCUAUCAUGUCUCCUCUUAUUGAUCUUUUAUGAAAAUCCCAAACUGUUAAAACCUUUCCUCAUGGGGAGCUAUUCUAUCCCAUCGAUCAUUUUUGUUGCUCUUUUUGGAGCCUUUUCCAGCUCUACACUGUCCUUUUUGAAGUGAGAUGACCGGAACAGUACUUAGUAUUCAAAGUGUAGCCGCACCAUAGAUUUGUAUAAUUGCAUUAUAUCAACAGUUUCAUUUUAAAUUCCUUUCCGAAAGUUCCCUAGCAUGGAAUCUGCCUUUUCUGCAGCUACCACACACACUGGGUUGGCAUCUUCAUCAAGCUAUUCUCUCCGAACUCCAAGGUUUUGCUCUUGUCAGUUACCACCGGUUCAGACAUCAAGACCAUGUAUCCUAUGCGAAAUUAAGUCAUCUCCCCCUGCAUCAUUUUUAUGCUUGUUUACAUUGAAUUGCUUUUUGACAUUUUACAGCCCAUUCACACAACUUUUAGAAAUCCUUUUGGAGCUCUUCACAAUUGUGUUGUGUUUUGACCAUCCUGUACAAUUUAGAAUCAUCAGUUCCUCAGUUCUCACUCUAUAAAAUGAGUGUGUUAAUUACCUUGUGCAUAAAUGAGAAAGAGUUGCUGUGAAUUAGAUCAUAAUUAUAAACAAAAGUGUGUUACAGCCUGGUGUUGAUAAAUGCUAGGGCUCUGUGUAAUACUACUCUUAGCUUAGCAGUUAGUAAUGCAAGAAUAAUAGAGUGAGCUCCAUGUAUUGCUUCUCCCACUUCCUUGGACUCCCCCACCCCCCCUCUAAUGGUAGAGAGGAAGGGAGGAAGUUCCACACUCUGAUUCUGUUUACUUAACUAUUGUGAAGCAACCAAGAGCAUUGAAUCUGAAAUGUUGGUGUUGCCCCUCUACAUUCUUAGUGUUAGAUUCACAAAUGUUAAUGAAUGAUACUAACGAGUUGGGCAAAUCUUCUGACCCAAAGUUCAUCUGCGUAAGUCCUGAGAUGACAUGAUUUAACAAAUUGUAUGGUCUAACUUAUCAUUCUACACUUUCACUCUUCAAACACUUUUCCAUAACUAUAGCUGGGGUCCCCCCCCCCAGCAGAUAUGUCACAUCUACCCCAUUUAAAAUCUUAGAAGCCAGUUCCACAGAUUAAAAUCUGCAGAGCACAUGGGGUCAUGCCCUGUGUUUUUAAUAUCUUGCACCCUUAAAAAUGUGUUGACAAUCAAUUGAUUUCUCUCCUCUUCAUCCCAAACACCCCCUCCAAAACCCAGCCCUAUCUAAUUCAAAAUAUUUGUUUCCCUUAAAUAUUCUGAUAGUUCUUUGUUUAAUUGUCUGGAAUGUCGCUGGCAUACCAAGAAGGCUGAAAGUUGUAACACCAAGUUUUCUUGCACUGUGGGUAUGCAAGAAUUUGUGUGCCUCAUUCUUCUGAAUUACUUAAUAUUUUAUAUAGCGACACUGAACUGCAAAACAACGGCUUUUAACAUUUUAUCCUUAAAUAAAGUCCUUCACUGUUUUUGUCUGUAGGGAUGGCAGGAGGGGGAGAUUGCUUACUGAAGGAGAAGACAGUAUUCUUAUGCUAAUCCAGUCUGUGGAUAAGGAGCAAUGCAGCCAUGCAAACAAUGGAAGUGGAGCCAGAAAGUCUGCUGUGUAGUCUAGCACGCCUUGAAAAGCAUAUGAGACAGGGCGCCUAGGGCUGCUUAAGGGGAGGGGCCCAAGAAAAGGGGAGCGCUUUACUCCAAGUUAUUUUAUGGAACUGGCAGAUGACCAAAGAAAGGAACCUUACUACGUAGACAGAGAGAAUUAAGAUGAGGGGGAUGAGAGAAAGGAGUUUCUGAAAUCUGCUUUUCAGUUCUCAUAGACUAAAACCCUAGCUUUGGCUUUAUUUAAUGUAUGGCUGCAAUUGAAACCUCAAAUUCAACUUGAAAAGAUUUUCACAUAAAACUAUAAGUAUUACAAAAAGCUUAUUUUAAGAGAAGAUGCCGACUUUGAACAGGGUUUUGUUAUAUUCACAUGGUUAAAAUAUCUGAUCACACAAAUCACUGACCAGCAAAAUGCCCAUUUCUGUUAAUUGCCUUUAUAUUUAACUUCUGGCAGUGUUUUAUUUAAUUUAUUCAUACUCAACCUUUCAAAACCUUCAUCUGCACACACUAUACAGUUAGAAAUGAGGCAUACCAUCCAGCUGGAGUUCUACUUAAGUGGCUUACCUAUUCCUGAAGGAAUGAAUGUUGUAAUCUAAAGUUAUCAGCUUGCAUGUCUUGCUGAAGAAUGAUAGCAAGCAUUUCUUCUUGGCUUAUUAUCUUUUCAGUAUGCUAAUACUAGGUAGUAAAAGCGAGAUGAUGAAUUCUUAAAAGAAAUACCAAUUGUAUAGCAAAUUAAUAUCCUUUUUUGAAUGCUAUGAUUUCUCUACACAAGGGGCAAUAAAGCGGGCACCUGGAGAACUCAUUCUGCAACAUAAUACUAACAUUUAUUAAUGGCAGUUGGCAAUUCACCAUACUUUAAAGGGAGGGCUGUUUAAAUUCCAUAGGUGAGGUAUAAGGAUCAUAAAUAAAUAUGAACCUGUAGCAGAUUAUUUGGUGGUUUUAUUUACGUGUUCAGUUUUUAGUAUGUACAGUGGUACCUUGGUUUAAGAACUUCUGGUGGUCCGUUCUUAACCUGAAACUGUUCUUAACAUGAGGUACCACUUUAACUAAUGGGACCUCCUGCUGCUGCUGCGCCGCCGCCACGCAAUUUCUGUUCUCAUCCUGAAGCAAAGUUCUUAACCCAAGGUACUAUUUCUGGGAUAGUAGAGUCUGUAACCUAAAGCGUCUGUAACCCAAGGUACCACUGUAUUGCAUUUUAUGAAGUGAGGGGCUUUUGCAGAUUCUAGUCAACAAGUUCACAAAUUAUCUGUCAUUGGGCAACAAUGCUGAGCGAAUGGAAGUUCUCUCUGCCACCUUUCCCCUGACUACAGUCAUACCUCGUGUUACAGACGCUUCUGGUUGCACAUUUUCCGGUUGCACACCGUGCCAAACCCGGAAGUACCGGAACAGGUUACUUCCGGGUUUCGGCGCAUGGAUCGUGACCUGCAUGGAUCAUGUUCGCAACCCAAGUGUCCACUGUACUUCACUGAGAAAAGCUCCUUCACAGGGCAAAGGAAGUGCCUCUCCAGCUCUGCAUGGCUGCCAGGCAGCCAUGUUUAGUGAACAGCACUAUCUUCUUUGUUCUUGCCUCCUACCCACCCUCCUCACUAAGGAAAAAAAUCCUCUUUGAGACAAAAGGAGUGCCAGCUGUGUUAACUCCAUGUGGCUGGUGGGCAACAACAGCUGAGUGAUGACAGGUUGCCUUGGGGAUGCCAAGGAACGCCUUUGUCGGUGCUGGUAUGACAACCCCCAAUCUAAGCAACUUAUACAUUGGAUGACAGUAAACUGGGGAACCGGGUUCGAGUCUCCGCUCCUCCACAUGCAGCUGCUGGGUGACUUUGGGCCAGUCACACUUCUUUGAAGUCUCUCAGCCCCACUCACCUCACAGAGUGUUUGUUGUGGGGGAGGAAGGGAAAGGAGAAUGUUAGCCGCUUUGAGACUCCUGAAGGGGAGUGAAAGGCGGGAUAUCAAAUCCAAACUCUUCUCUUCUUCUUCUUCUAAACCCACCAACAAAUCACAGAACACGUCUGUAGACACAGAAGUGACAUAUGAAUAGAUCACAGAAUUUUAGAGUUGGAAAGGGACCCUUAGGAUCAUCUAGUCUAACCCCCCUGCAGUGCAGGAAUAUGCAGCUGUCACAAAUUGGUGAUGGUUUUCAGUGGCUCCUUUGUCAAAAUUUGAUGAGUGGGGAAAGAAACCAUGAAAAAAGUAUGUAGUGUUCAGACUAUUCUAAUGAAUCUGGCAUGCGCACUUACACUCACAUUCCUUUUCUCUUUCUUGAUUUUCUUCCUUUUCCCUCUCUCCUGACGCUUGUAGCACAGUGCCCUGUGGAACACCCUCCCGGCAUAUGUCAAGGCAAUAAGCAACUAUUUUACUUUUAAAAGACAACUGAAAGCGGCCCUGUUUAGGGAGGUUUUUAAUGUUUGAUGCUGUAUUGUUUUCAAUAUUUGGUUGGAAGCUGCCCAGAGUGGCUGGGGAAUAAAUUAUUAUUAUUACUCAUUUCUACUUCAUUUUCCCCUCCCCUUUCCCUCCUCAUUCAGUUACUCCACUUUCCAGUUACUCAAAUUCUGAUUUGAUAAUUGAAAAUCAUAUAGAGCUGAAAGAGGAAGUGAAAAAGAGCAUCACUCUUCUAAUUUUGUUCUUAAGUUCUAGUACUUUCAGAGGGGUGGUGGUGUGGUAACCACCCUCAUCACAAAGUGGGUAGUGAGCUAGGGAUAGGACACUAUUGCGUGUCACAUGGAGUAUCACAUUGGCCUCUCCAGUUAUGAACAAACAUGGCAAUUUAAAAUCUUUUAAAAUAUUCUGAAAUACACAGUCCUCUGUUAUAGGCAAACUGUUUGUAAUGCAUUUUAUUAAUAUCAAACAAGUGCAUGUAAAUCUUACAUAGCUGAUCCUAAAACAUUAAGCCAGUUCAUUUUGUUCUUUAAAUUACACCCAGAAACUCUCCUAAUCAAAGCAUUUCUUAGUUGAACAUAGCCUCAUUUUUUGCACUUUUAAUUACUUCAUUUUCAUUUUUAUUACAAUGAUUACAAGGCAUUGAAACAACUCUGAAACGCUUUUUCCUCUGGCUCUCAGAGAACUCAAAUGUCUGAGCAUCUUUCAGAAUGUAUUAGAAAAAAGCUUUAAAUGGCCAGGAUAAGCAAGGGGUUAUUUGUGUUAGCCCUUGUUGAUAGGGUGAGGUAAAAAUCAAGUAAGUUAGUAUGCUACAUACAGGAAGUACAAAUGACCAAGGUCUGCCACUCUAGAAGCAUAAGCUUAGUGUAACUAAAUCCUAGUGGUUUAUGCAAGUUAGCUGUGCCACAAGUUAUGUGGUAAGGUGAAAAAACACCAGAUCAUCAGCCAGUUGAUCCCCAGGGAAAAUUGCAACCUGGCUCCGGAUAUGGGUCAUGAAAGCAGGAUUUGCAGCUCUGCCUGCCUGUCUGCUUGCCUGCCUGCAAUCUCUGAUUCUUCAAGGGGAAAAAGAAAGUAAAAAAUAAAAUAAAAUAAUCUUAAAGGCAUGGUCAUUGUCUUAGGUUCUUACACUUGGUCCUAGAUAAACUCAUCCCUUAUAUAUAAUCACCUUAAUUUUGGAUACUUGGGUCCUUUUAGCCCUGUUGUUUUUGGGCCAUCAGAAGUCAAAUGCUCACACAUCUAGGAGAAAGUCCAGUAAUGUUGACUAUUACUGGUGUGGGGACCCCGUAUUUGACAGUCUUUUGUGCUGAUUUGUGUGAGUUCACACAUUUUACAAUGUCUUGCACCCAAGGAAAGCUUUGGGCUGGAUGUGAUUCAAUGCCACCUUGUUGAGGACACUGUCCUGGAUCUGUGGGUAUAUGAUUUAUGGUGCCCAAAAAUAUUUUGGGGUCACACACAAAGUUUCUUAGUCAUUCCUACGUUCUUGGACUAUAUUUGGCAUGUGAAUGCUAUAUUUUGACACUGACUUGCUCUGAAGGAAAGUGUUGGGCUGGAUGCAAAUACCAUCUUAUAAAAGAAAUUUGAAUGCUUAUUUUGGGAUGAUUCAAAACUUACGGCGGGGCGUACAGCCCAACUUAUUAACUUUUUAAUUGUUAUCUGAGGUCAUUGUGCAUUCAUGACCAUUACACAUGCACAACAAUUUUGACUGGGGAAAAUUAUUCUGGAACUGAAAGGAGACAAUCUGCCAGUCAUGGAAACGUGAUUCAGGGAUAUAAAAACUUUAGGUCACGUUUUAAAAAGGUUUUCUAAUUGAGAAUCAAUUCUGUGAUUUUGUGACAAUAUUGAGGGCUGUGUACAGUCUGAAAUGACAUAAAGCAAAUGUAAAAUCAAUACAAUAAAAGCUGAAGACUUUUUGAAACAGCAACACUAUCCGAGACCUAAAGGCUAAAAUAUUCAUUGAGACUUUUAAAAGAAGUUUUAGGUGGAGAUAUUCUGGACAACUAUUAUACUCUGGGCAUAGCCCAACGUUGAAUAUACAUCAAUUGCUGUAUCCACAGAUAGGCUAUUCCAUUGCAAUGGUUCUAUUUCUUGUAGUGAGGAAGCUGCUUUGUUUCUUCAUUACUAAGAAGUCACAGAUGUGUGAAAAGUAGGCCACAGGUCGAAGGCUGCAUGCCCCCUGCAUGCGCAAAUUGAAAGUGACAGACACCUCUAUGCUCUGCCAGUAAUUUGCCUCCAUGUUAAAUGCCUAUGAAGCAGUAAUUAAAAUGAAAAGUUCUUGGGUCCUGCCAACAGACAGAUUGAGUUAUUUAUGGUAGAAGCAGCCACUAACAGUAAUUGCAGCACAUCCUUGAACAAAUACAAGUUUUUUCAUUCAAGAAUAGCGCCAGGCUGACAGGGGUCAGGAGGUCAAGCCCACUCAAACAAGAGGCCAAAGAAAGGCAAAAUCAGUGUUCUGUUCAUCUUAACACAGAAUCUGUAUUGUCUAUAUUAACUACCUAGGUGUCCAAAUUGCUGUUUAUUCCUCUGAGACCUAGUUAGGCCCUAUUAAUCAUUUCAAAAACAUCACUGUGAGAUUACUAAAAGCUGCUACAUUUUAAUAUAACCAUGUUUGCCCACUUUGUUUCUGAAGUGUACUUCAAAAUGGUAGAGCAAAUUUUACUGCCUUCCUUUUUAUGCAGUUGAGCAAACAUUGGAAAAGUGUUUUCUAGACAGCUUUGUAUUUAAAGAAAAGUCUUUUUUUCUAGUAGAUGUUUGUGCACUGGUGUGUUAGAAUGGAAUUAUUAUCAUUCUUUUAAAAUUCUAAGUUCUACAGCAAUUUCACAUUUUUAGCUACAUAGGUGUUAUCAAUCAGCUAGUUGUCAACUAUUAAUUUUAAAAUGUAUAGUUAUCCAAUGGAUUAAAAUACAAAUGGGUCAUAUUUUAGUCUUUUAAAUAUACUUGUAUAUGUUUUAUCACUUCAAGCUUUUACUGCAUCUUGUCCAUUUGAUACCCCCCUCCAGUUUUCAGAGUUUGGGGAAUUUGCAUAAUUUUAUUCAUCUGUUCAAAAAUGCAAUUUUGUUUCGUUUCUUUUUUCCAGAAAACAAAUUGGAAUAAUUAAGCAAUUGCUUCAACUGGCCACCAAGUCUUCUAGCAGAUUUUGCUAAACAGUCCAGCUUAGAACUUGUCAAGCAGCAGGGCAAUUUGCCAAAGUUGACAGUGCACAGGAAGGAUUUAUAUUCGAACAAUGAUUUGUCUGAAAGUUUACAUCAGAUUGCUGGGGUUCUAUGCAGUCAUCAUUUCUCAAGUUCAAGGUAAAGUCAUACUUGUAAAACGUUUGAAAAAGAAAGUUUUUGAUGUAUGGAAUGUUCAUGUGCAUAGCCAACAUUUUAUGUUUUAACUGCAGUCUGAAAUAGAUGCAGAUAAGCUGCUGUAGUUUUUGAAACGUAGAAACAACAUGGAAGCUGUUGAAAUGGAAGACUUUUUUGUGCACACCUGAAAAUGGUUUCCAUCUUUUUCAGCAACUCUCAAACCCUCUGGUUUGAAACAAAAAACAUCAGUUACAUUUUUACAGAAAGGGAGAUUUCGAACAUAACUUUCAUAGAGAGUCUAUGAAACCGUCUGUCUGUUGUUAACAGGACAUGCUGCCUGCCUUUUAGUACUAUGAUCCCACUUUAUUGGUAAUAUAUAAGAGCUGGUUACCAAGAAUCAGGCUUUCUUGGUUAGUCUUCUAUUUCAAAAUCAGUACGGGGGGGGGGGGGGCUGGCUAACUAUAAUAGACCUUAGUACUGAAAGCUGGAAAAUGUUUUGAUUUGGUACAUACUUCAUUGACAUGUUAAGAUUUUGCUAUAAAAAAAUAUUCCAGGUUCUGUUUGAUGUUUUAAUUUGUUGGAAGCCUGCCAGGCUGGAGCAACCCAGUUAGAUGGGUGGCAUAUAAAUAAUAAUAAUAAUAAUAAUAAUAAUAAUAAUAAUAAGUUCUUAUUAUUUAUGCAGUUCAUACUAAACUCAAUGAUAAAAUUCCUUUGUAUUUUGAAUGGUGCAGCAUUUGCAUCUGUUGACUAAUUUCCAUCUCUAUGGACAGUCUUAUUCAGUGAAAGCUUCAGAUUUUUCUGAGUUAAUGUGGCGGCUAUAAUAUUUUUAGACGAAGGACCCUAAAGGAAAAAGGACACAGUGCACUUAAGGAAUCUAAGUUAUCAAGUUCUUUCCUCACACAGGGAAGAUUACCUAGUGAGUGCACACGCUGCUAGUCAGAAGAGUCUUCUAGCCUCCUUUUGACAAGGAGGGAAUCAGGGUAGAUAUGGCUGUUUUUAUGAGACUAAUUACUUGAGACUAAUUGCAAAGUCAUUAUUCAGGUAUAGGUCUCUCUGAAUCACCCAGAAGACUAUGUAAACUGUGAGCUGAGUCAUGGAAAAAGUCAAUCAACUGAAAUUUAUAGGCGUAGACGAAGGUUCAUUUAAGCGAGAAAGCAAAGAUGUUAGAGAUAUCCAAAGAUACCUGCCUGUUUUAUUUAUUUAAAGUAUUUAAAUACUGCUGCUCAGUUCAACCUCAUUAAGUGGUUCACAAAAGAAUAUCACAACAGGCAUCAUUUUAAAAAGUUACAAUAAAAUGGAAAUGCAACUGUUUGUUUAGAAGAAGCAGUAACAACGUUAUUUGGCUCCUGGACUCCGUUGAGCAUGCUCAGUCCUUUGAGGGCGCCAUGUUGGUGAAGGCUAACUUAGAUUCUGUGCCCAUUAUGGAUAGUAAUUGAAAUAAUAUUCUGAUUUUAUGAAUAUUGUAAGUGUUAGAGGAAUCUCAGUUUAAUCUGAGAGAUGUGGCCUUCCUCAACCUGGUGCCCCCCAGAUGUUUGGACUACAACUCUCAUCGGCCUCAGCCAGUGCAGCCAAUAUGCAAGGAUGAUGGGAAUUGUAGUCCAAUAACAUCUGGAAUGCCACAGGUUCCUCACCCCUGCUAUAGAAGUAUUCCUACGCAUGAUCCCUAGCAAAGUAGAAGUUUGUACAAAUUUAGUAGGAAUAAAAACUCAACAACCAAAUGAAAAUUUUAAACACCUUACUUUUUGAGAUAAUGUCAAAAAAAGAGAAAUGGAUUUGGAAUUCAUUUCCAUGAAAUUUCAUAUAAUUAUCAGGACAGAACUAACAUUUAUGUUAUUAAAACAUAAUUAUUGUAUUAUGCUCAGCUGCCUGCAAUAUCAGAAUGUUAACAUUGAUAUUUCAGUUACCUACGUUAAUUUAUGUUUAUGCUUGUUAAUUUGAAAGUCAGAUUUUUAAAAAAUUAAAAAGAAAUCUGUGGUGGUUCACUUACAGGUACAGUGGUACCUCGCAAGACGUAUGCCUCGCAAGACGGAAAACUCACAAAACGAAAGGGUUUUUGGUUUUUUGAGUUGCUUCACAAGACGAUUUUCCCUAUGGGCUUGCUUCGCAAGACGGAAACAUCUUGCAAGUUUGUUUCCUUUUUCUUAAAACCGUUAAUACAGUUGCGACUUGACUUCGAGGAGCAACUCAUAGCACGCGGUGUGGUAGCCUUUUUUGAGGUUUUUGAGAACUUUGGUGAUUUUUGAAGCUUUUCCAAAACUUUUCCGACACCGUGCUUCGCAAGACGAAAAAAACCGCAAGAUGAAAAAACUCGCGGAACGAAUUAAUUUCGUCUUGCAAGGCACCACUGUAAAUAAGUUUUCAAGUUAGGUUUUAAGUAUGCAAAUGAGCAUUCCAGGUUUGCUUUGGGACGAAAACAGAAGGACUAUACAGAGGCUACUGCAGCCGAGAGUUCUAAACCUUCAGUGUAACCCUGCCUUCUGAAACAAACCAUUAUGUUUGUAUCUACAUUAUACAGGGCAGAAUCUAGACAGCAUGCUCCAUGGGACAGGGAUGAAGACUGAUCCUGAUCAGAAAAAGCAGGAAGAUGGAGUCACCCUAGCUCCAGAGGACACGUUGCCCUUUUUGCAGUGCUACUGCUCAGGGCACUGUCCAGAAAAUGCCAUUAACAAUACAUGCAAGUAAGUGUUGUGGGCAGAAUAAAGACUGUUUCCUCAUAUGUACAAGUUAGAGUAAGGUUAGAGGUUUCAAAUAUUUUUACUGUCCGUUCUUGUUUCUCAGUUCCCUUGUUCCACCCUUUUUCAGUUCAUAUACUAUUAUGGUCAGGUGAAACGACUUUCUGAAUUGAGGAUUGAUUAAAAGCUUUUAAUAUAUUUCUUAGAAUUUGGCUAUACCUUGUCUGUGGCCUCUGAGGAGACACAAACAUGGUUUCUGCACCUGCAGAAAAUUUCAUUCAGGAAACCUACUGUCUUCCAAGGCACCUUUUUAGUGGCAAUUGAAUUGGUGAGGAGUGUGAUGAUGAGUGUGAGUUAUAAGUGUGCUCCAAGUGUUGAGCUCCCAUAUUUGAAUCCCAUACACCAGAUCAGAGUCGAAUUGAAACCAGAUAUUUGUUCUUUCCCAAGGUUGCCUCUUCGUUCCACCACAAUGAGGCCAUUGUCUUCCGUAACCUAGCUUCAGAGUUUUGAAUGUUUAUUUUUCCAGAACCAAAAGCUUCUUGAGUAGUCUGGAUCUGUUUAUUUGUUAUGAGGGUGCCAAACCCAACAUUUCACCCACUAGUAUCCUCAAUAGUUCACCUGUGCCUAUGCCUACAGACCUCCAAAGUUCCCUACUCCAAAGUGAAGCCAGAGCUGUAGUGACUUCCAUGGUAUUCCUCCAAGGUCCACUGCUGGACCUCCACCAUGCUGCUACUUGGCUACAAUGUUUGGUUUUCACCUGUAAUCUGCUUGAUUACAAGGCAAAUGGAACUGAGCAAUGUCUUUUGGAAGGGCUGCACUUGCGUCCUUGACCUCAUCGUAUCUUUCCUGCCUCUAGUAAGCUAGCUUGCUUUACUACCCGUAUGUGUGCAAUAGCACAGAGACCACGAAGAACGGGUUGCUUACUUGUAACCUGAGACUUUCCAAUAGUCAUCUGUGCAGACGCACAACCCACUCCCUUUCCCCACGGUAGAUGUAAGUAUGGUUGUUAUCUCCUGCAUAGUCUUCCUAUAGGGCUGUGGUUUUUGAACUGAGCAAGAAUGCAGGAGCUAUGUCCCUGAAUGCGUGAGCAUGGAAGGUGGGGGCGGGGCACUUGCCAAAUCUCUAGACUAGCUUACAUGUCUGCACAUGUGUGUCUGCACAAAUAACAACUCAGAGGACUACAGGUACAGCUAAACAACCUGUUCUUCUUGCAUAGCAUAAGGGGAUCUGAUUUGGUCAAAUCGUUGGUCACAUUAGAAUUGUUGCUUUUUAUUGCCCUCUAGUGUUUGUUUUUUAUAUAGUUUCUAUAUCCAAAUAUUACAUUCAUGUAGUUGAUAAAUCUAGUAGAUAUAAUUUUUAAGAUGGAAAACCCAUCAAAUAAUUUUGAAGGCAUAUGUUUUGAUUGAUCAUAAAUGUCCUAUUAAAUGUUAUUAAUACUGAAUUGAAAGAUUUCUUACUUUUUUAUUAUUGACCCGAAGGGGCCAUUUUACCUUUAGCUGCCUUGAAUCUCCAGGCAUUCAAAGGCUGAAAUCUCAAGUACAGCUAAUGGGAAACAAAAUCUGUUGAAACCAAUGAUACCUGUUUAUGUGUGGAUAGGAUGAGAAUGAAAAAAGAAAAAGAAAGAAAGGGGGAAAAGUUCUAUAGCACCAAAUUUUAAUGAUAUCUAUUUGGUGGAACAGACUUGGAUCUUGGCACAUAUGUUGAGGGAGAUUAAUCUAGACUUCAUUAUUUAAUUUUGUGCUUGAGAGUAAUUGAAGAGCCGUAUUUCAGUUGGCUUCUCUUAAAAACAGUUCAAAUUAUGAGAUGCAGUCAGAGAAGCUUCCAGAUUUUGAAAAUAUUGAAUUGGUGUUUGCUUAAUUACUAGGCCUUGAAUAAGAAUUGGUUUAAGUGCUGAUUUUUGCAGGCAAUAGAGGAUUGAUUUUCCAUGGGUAUGUACAAUAUUUUCAGUGUCACAUGAUAGGCAUGACUAAUGUAUAGGAGGAGUCUUAAAGGUUUUUUCAUAGCAUUAAUCUUGGAAUGUAGUCUUCAGGAAUAGUUCAUCUCCCUGGAGUACCUCCCUGGAGUACCUACCAUGACUUUCCCACACCAUCAAGUAAAUCCAACCCUGUUUUAUCUGUUCUGAAGUCCCUUGUUUCCUUUGAGUACAGUAUCAUGAGUGCCAUGUGUCCAUUAUACUGGAAGGAAGAAUACAAGACAAUAAUCUAAUAGAUAUAAAUAGGUUGGUUGAAUGCAGAACAGUACACGGAAAAUUGAAGUCAAUUCAUCUGUUCCAGAACUAAUGGACAUUGCUUUGCCAUAAUCGAAGAAGAAGAAAAUGGCGAAAUUACACUUGCUUCAGGCUGCAUGAAGUAUGAAGGCUCAGACUUCCAGUGCAAGGUAUUCCAACUGUCUUCUGUUGCAUGUGAACCCAGGCAGCUCCCCACACUCAAUUCCAAUAUUUGCUGUUCAUGCAAGUAAUUUGCUCCAAAAGCCUAAAAUUGGGAGAUUAUUUCUUUGCCAAUUUUAUCAUUUCUAACAUUAAUAGGUUGUCUUAAAACCCUUACAGCAAAGCUGUAAAGCUCAAUAUUAUUGUCCCCAUAAUGUGCACGAGAGACUGAUUCAGAGUGGCAUACCAAAAUGCGAGACAUAAGAAGGUCCUGACAGGAUUGUAUGAACCUGAAUUGUUUGUAGAAGCACAAAAAAUAGGUGGGGCACUAAGUGGGGAACACUCUUCUCUCUCUCUCUCUCUCUCUCUCUCUCUCUCUCUCUCUCUCUCUCGUGUGUGUGUUUGUUUUUUGAAUGGGCAGGACAGAAAAUGGGUGCAGGGGAUAAGAAUAGAAUGCAAUAUCCUGGGAAAAGGCAUGGCUUUCUGGAAACCUAAGCACUCCGUGGUAGAACAUUUUGCUGCAGAUCCCACUCGUCAGUUUUCUUCUGAUCUAAUCUACUUAGCAAAAAUCUACAUAACUUUAAUCUUUCCCUUUGUUGUAACUUAUGUAGCUAUAGAGGGUUGUUCAGAGAAUGCUUGUGACAAAAUAUGCAUCAUUUCUUUUUCUCUAUAGGACUCUCCAAAAGCACAACCACGACGGACAAUUGAAUGCUGUCGGACAGAUUUCUGCAAUCGAGAUUUGCAGCCCACAUUACCUCCUCCCAUAAGUCCAGGUAUGGUGCUUCCUAGUAUUUCCAGAGUAUGGUUUGAAGGUAUGUGAGACCACCACCUGCUGAAGAUGAUCAGGCUGGAUCUGGUUAGUGCCUGGAUGAGUGUCCACCUGGGAAAUAAAUGCAUGUCACACAACCUUGGGUUCUGCAGCAGAAAAAAAAUGUGGACCAUAAAUGGAAGAAAAUGAAUAAAUAUUCCACAGGCAGGAUCCUUAGGGAUGUGAACCAGGUUUUUGCAUGGGCACUAGGAUUUCUGUCACAAACCCUUCCCACUAGUCCCCUUGACUGCAGCAGCUAAACCCAAAGCAGCAUACAGCAUCAAAAAGUUGGUUUAUUUCAGCAUAAACAUAAUGGGAGAUAAAAAGUCUGGGGAAAUAGAACUAUCUUUGCUUGGCACCAGAAAGAUGUUGGAAUAGAUACUGGGUGAAUUCCAACGACAGGGUGUCACAGCCAAUAAAUCCCUCUCCCCAACUACCAGCUGCAUAGCCUCAGGCAGACAGAAGACUGGUUAUGAGGGAAUGCUACCCUUGGGGUAAAUUCUCCCCCCCCCCCACUCCUGAUGUAGAUGUUAAAGGGGGUGGCAGAAAGGAACCCUUUGGAGCCCCAUAGCAUAAAUGCCAGAGUCAAACAUUAGUCACACUGCACCACCUUCUAGAACCAGCCCUCUGUAAGUUUAUGUACUAUAUUUAUUACAACUAAAUAUACAAGUCAUUUCAUAUGGGGAUCUCAGUACAGACCAAGUUGCCCUUUCUUCCUUUGCAUGCGAUAGAACCAAAUUAGCUGUGUUUGCUGUUCUGCCCAUGCUGAUACUUUGCAUUGACUAUCAUAUUUGUUCAUCACCCCAACCAAGUUUGAGGAGCUUGGAGACCUUAAAGCGAUUAUAGCAUCUUGACAGGCAAACAGUGACAUGUUGCCAGUCAAGAGAUCACUACCGCUAUUCUCAUUAGGCUUCCAAAAAAAUUAUCCAGCCCUCUCAAGGGGCUCCAGAGGAUCAUUAAAAAUUUAGGAUGCUGCUUGCUGUUUGGAAAGCAUUUUUAUGGAUCUGCGUGAGGGCCUGCCCCCAAGCUAUCAGCAUUGUUUGGGCUAAUUUGUGAAUGAGGAAGUCCCUGGUUCAAAUUUCAGCUCUGUCAUGAACUCACUAGGUGGCCUUAGGCAAGCAACUCACUCUUGGUAUCUUCCCUCCCAUCUGCAACAUGGAAAUUAAUAGUACUAACUUGACUUACAAGUUUGUUGUAAGGAUUUCAGAUAAUGCAUGGGAAGUGCUUUGACCACUUAAAAGUGCUAAUGUUAAUUAUCGUGAUCAUUAUCAUCACAGUCAUCAGCGUUGCUGCCUUCAGCAGUCUCCCCACCACUUUUCUGAUUUUUCACCAGUCUCAACUUUGCUUUAAUUCACCCCCCCACCCCGAAAAGCUUGUAUUUAUUUCCUGGUGCAGUAAUAAGAAAGUAGUAAGUGUAAUCUGAACCUAACACCCCCCCCCCCCCCCGCUUCUCUAACUUGUUUUUCAAUAGUUAUUGUGUUUCAUCAGAGGAAGCUAAACCAAGCUGGAUUGUCAGAGGAGUUGUAGUGGAAAAUGUCCUGUAAAUCACGCACCAAAGUCUUACUGCAUUUGAUUAAAAAGAAUGAGUGAAUUCUUAAAAUAAAAAUAGUACAGGAGCCCUAUCCUUGGGGAUCCCGCAUGCCUACUGGUUAAAAGGAGGCCUUCCACACAAUUGCUGUAUAUGUAGCUAUGUAAGAGUUGCAACGGGCAGUGUGGGGAUGGAUAGCUUUCCAAUAUUCCCUAAGUUUGUCUCAUAUUUCCCAGAGAUAAAUUUACCUUUCAUUUUAAUUAUAUUAAUAUUUUGUUCCUUUAUGUAGGUGGCAUCUUUGAUGGCAGCAUACGUUGGAUGGCUGCAUUUAUUUCUAUGGCAGUCUGUAUAAUAGUUAUGAUCAUCUUAUUUAGCUGUUUCUGCUACAGGUAAAAAUCUUGUUGGGUGAUAUCCUAUUUUUCAUGCAUAGCGUAUUGCAGAUUUGGUGCUAACUAGUUAGAUCGCUAAGAAUGUCUGGAGGUAUUCUAGAAUCAAACACGGUUUGAUUUGCAUCACUGUGAAAAUAGUCAUAUGUAUGGAAACCAAUCUGAUGUGAAACUUGGCACAGACAGCUCACUAUUGUGUACACUCUACAUAUACCGGAAUAUGGGAGUGUGUUUCAAGUAUAUGGCCUUGUCCCCACCCUGCAUCUAGCACCCUCUAGGUAUUUUUGGACUACAGCUCCCAUCAGCCCUUGCUAACAUAGUUAAUGAUUCAAAACAUCUGGAUGUCAGCAAGAUGGGGAAGACUGAUUUAGAGUACUGCAUGUGAUCUGGGGUAUACCCUUUUCUAUGGCAGUCAGAGUCUAUUUAUGGUUGUGUUUGCAUACAUACCAUAUCACAUACAUACAUACCAGGGGGUUGGACUAGAUGAUCCUUGGUGUCUCUUCCAACUCUACAGUUCUAUGAUUCUUUGAUUCUAUGAUCUGAUGUUCCAUAUGCAAGGAGGAAGAAUGGGGAAAGCAGAAGAGACUCAGUAUUGUGCUCCAUCCUGUGCAUGCACCAGAGGACUCUGUGAACUGAUCCUUAGACUACAAUCCUAUACACGCUUAAUUGAGAUAAAGCCCAAUUGGGACCUACUUUUUAGUAGACAUAUAGACGAUUGCACUAUUGACCUAAUACAGAGUAAAAAUAGCAAUCUGAGCAGUAUGUGACAUUGGCAUUUUUAAACCCUAUAAUUAGGCAACUCUUAGCAUGAUACUAUUUUUGUAUCAUAUUUAGUGUCUUACCUCUGAAACUUACCAUUUGUAACUCACCUUGGUUUUGUUUUUUAAAGCAAAGUUGCAAUCUGGCUCAGUCACUUGCUGCAUCAGCACUGGAGAGCUUAGAAUGGAUUAUAGCAGCAGCUAUGCAACCCACCCACCCACCAGUCAUGAAACGUUGCCUCAGUGCCAGCAUUGCAGAAAGGCUACAGUGGCACCACAGCUUAUUCAUUGUCACACAUAUUCAGGAUUAGGGUGCCACCGUCCUAAUUUAGCUAUGAAUUGUUCAGUUUUAUCUGAGUUUAACUCUGUACACAGUAAAAUCAGAAGGGGACCUUGAACUUGUGCUCUUCUUCACACUCUGCUUAGCAUGCAGAGAACUAAACUGGGAGAUCCAACAAUUUGAUAUGUGGGUUUAAUAUCCAGAGGCAAUAAUAAUAAAGGAGACCACAAAUUCAAAUGACAUUGGCCCCUCAGUUCAGGUAUUCAUUUCUGUGUGCAGUUUGCAUUUGUCAGGCAAAAUUGAAAAGCAAGAAAUGAAACUAUAUAGACAACAUUUGCUCACUGAUGCAAAAAUUGAUUUUAAAAAAACCAUCAGUGCGCAAUAUUUUGGGAAUUAUGACACUGUAUGCAUAGUUACUUAAAAUAACACCAUGUUAUAUCAAGAUGUGUUUUUCCCCCCAGGCAUUAUUGCAAGUGGGUAGCAAAGAGAGGAUGUUAUAAUCGUGACCUGGAGCAGGGUGAAGCCUUUAUUCCGUCUGGCGAGUCACUUAAGGAUCUUAUUGACCAAUCGCAGAGCUCUGGCAGUGGUUCAGGACUUCCUCUGUUGGUAAGCCUGUGCUUUACCUGUGCUUCUUCAGCUGAGAGUUCUUUGUUUUACAGCAGUCAUGUAGUUAACAACUUGCCUGGAGUUUUUUGAAGCUGAGUGAGGAGGCUGGCAAGGUGGGAUAGAUUGCCCAGUCUUUCUUCUCUGGGCCUACUGAAUUUCUAUGCUGUCUUCAGAGGACGGUACUUCCCCUCCUCCGUGCUUGCCUGGCACUACUAGUCUCCUAGCAUGCUAGUUUUUUUAAAAAACAACAACACACAACUUAUUGGGAAGGCAGUUUUAUUUGAGGGGUGUGUGUGGAAAUUUAAAUACACAAUUUGUUUGUUUAGAAAGAAAUCUGAAGAACCUAUAAGGGAGAGGUGGACCCUGUCCCCAGAUCUUUCAGUCCCCUAGGCUGAAGCCACAUUAGGUGGAAGAUGGACUCCCUGGGUGGGAGAAAGGAGCCUGCACUAUCUCCUCAGUCCCUGCUGGGCAAGUCUUCAGCUAGUCUGUCCUGCUUUCUGCUUAAUCCCACAGUGUAGUAGAGACAAAUGGGGAAGGUUUCUGGGAAACUGAUUCACCAGUCAAAAUACAUCGUCAAACCAUUUGGGAUACGCAGAGAAAGUUUUCAAGAGAGACAGGUUUAUAAAGUUAAAUAAUAGUUUCUGCUAGUUUUUCACAUCUUUAUACAGAAAAGGGCUUUAUUUUUCCCCCGGUUUGGGUAAAAGGGGAGCAGAGGUGGAAAUAGCUUGUCCAGUCAGCUCCCGGAGGGCAGAGAUUUCAGCCCCUGAUUAUGGGGAAUCGGUGAAAGAAGUUUGUCACAGUCAGAUGGGUAGUCUUGGGGACUGCCUCAGCAAUGGUCCUUAAAUAAGUAGGGCAAAGUACCGUACUCAGGGUGUGGGAAGCACAUAUGACACUGACUAGAACAAUUACAGAUGGAAACGAGGCGAGUGUGAAUGUCUCCUGUCCCUCACUCAUCCUAAGCUAGGUUCCUGGAGCCAAGUUAUUAGAAUACAGGUUCUGGUCAAGUGGGUAAACCAGUUCUUUAUGGGGUUAAAAAAAAAAAAACCCCAAACAAAAAACCUCACACAAUUUGUUCUUAGGUUAAAAGAUAAACAUUAGAUUGUUGAAGACGUGUUUAUGUCAGAACUGGGUUUUUCUGCACACCGAGUCUUGCCACAGUUCCAGUGAAAUUCAUUUCAUGUUGUGUUGACCCAAGACCAAAUAUUUCAAAUAUGUGGCUUGGUUCCAUAAGCAACAAUAAGAAAGAAUUCAUUUCUUGAUCUGGUUAUGAUUUAGCUUGUUAAAUUAGUGGCAGAUUUUUGUUUAACUUAACAGCUCCUUUUUAAUGAAUUGUUUUGAGUAUCCACUAUUUUCUGUGAAGAAGCAAUGUCAGAAUAAGAGCUUCUAAGCACUUGGUCAGCAUCCAUAGAAUCACUCAGUGAUUUCAGAUUUCUUCUUCAGGUCCAGCGGACAAUAGCCAAACAAAUUCAGAUGGUGCGGCAAGUUGGAAAAGGGCGAUAUGGUGAAGUCUGGAUGGGUAAAUGGCGGGGUGAAAAAGUGGCAGUGAAAGUGUUUUUCACCACUGAAGAAGCCAGCUGGUUUCGAGAAACUGAGAUUUACCAGACAGUUCUCAUGCGCCAUGAAAAUAUACUCGGUAAGUAUUGAAAACUGUUUUUGGAUCAAGAUGUAGUGUCAUUCCGAGAAGAAAGACAAAACCUGCUAAAAUCUAUUAAUGUAGUUCAUCUGCAAAGUAGAAAUCCUGUUAAUUGAAAGGGAUGACGAUGGGUGUUUUCAGGGUUGUUUUUUAUGAUUCUAAAGGCAGGAAACUGAACUCUGUAGUAUUUUCCAGUCACUUCCAGGGCAAAACUCCAUCUAUCCUCAGCAGAAGUACUGCUAAGUUAGGAAUCUGAGAUUUGUAGUAUGUGUAAUUUAUUUAUUUUUCACACGUAUACCCUACUUUCCUGACUAAGCUGGAGCCCUAGUAAUUGAAAACAUAAAGCAACAGAACAAAUGCUAAAAGCAUUAUCAAACAAUAAAAACAAAUCAACAGCAGAUUAUGAAAUUGCCUCUUCAAAGUCAGACUGUAAUAAAAACAAAACCUGGCAGAUUGAUAUGUUUAAUUCUCUUCCUAAAAGACCACGUCUUUUAGGCUUGUGAUUUGUUGCCAGGGAGUUAGAUGUUUAAAUGGGUUGGAAUGGUGGAAAAAGCCCCACUCCAUGUCACAGAAACGUCUACUCAAUAUCCAUCCCUGGCACAGUGUUAAUUUCACUAUUUGUGGGAACUUUCAGCACUAACUAGGUUUCUAACUUCCACAGGUUUUAUAGCAGCAGAUAUUAAAGGCACAGGCUCCUGGACCCAACUCUACUUGAUUACUGAUUAUCAUGAAAAUGGGUCAUUGUAUGACUUCCUGAAGUGUACCACUCUGGACAACAGAUCUCUGCUCAAACUGGCUUACUCUGCUGCUUGUGGCCUAUGCCAUUUGCACACAGAGAUAUAUGGAACGCAAGGCAAGCCUGCUAUUGCACACAGAGACCUGAAAAGUAAAAAUAUCUUGAUAAAGAGAAAUGGGACUUGCUGUAUUGCUGAUUUGGGCCUAGCUGUCAAAUUCAACAGGUAGGUAAUCCAAUCCUAUCCUUUGUAAACUCAUGGAGGUAUCUGUGCACAAAUCUGAAAAGUGUGAUGGAUUCAUUUGGCUGGUUCACAACUGCAGAAUCUUUGUGCAUAACAGGAAUGUUCCCGAAAGAAUAAAUAUUUUCUUUGCAAAAGUGGACUUGGGAAAGAAUAAUUGAGACAAGGUAUAGCCACAAAAUGUUCUUGGACUAGAGAUCUCGGAAUGUCACGCACACAAAAAUAAAUUACUCUGCUUUCAAAGAAGAGGGAGACAAAUGUUACUGUUCAGCGUUCUAUUCUUCCGUGGCAGUUUCAGACACUUCACUCCCUUUAAUGCUCAGUUUGAAACAAAUUGAACUGACAGCUAUAAAUUGCAUCCAAUAUGCAUUCAUCUACAAAUAGUUUACUUCAUAAAAAUUCUCCAUGCAGGCUGUUUAAAAGACUCCUUACUCCUGUGAUCUUCACAUUAGCAGGCAGGUUGGUUAUGCUAGUCUUUAUUUAGCAGAUUUUUAACCCACUACUUAAGAUAUUUUCUGAACAAGACAGCUUGCAAAGUACACAUCCAAAAAUAACCAAUAAAAUAUAAUGCAAUAAAUGAUUUAAAACAUCUUCCUAGUAAUUCUAUUCAGAGCCAUCACAAAAAUAACAAAUAUCCCAGUGUAACACAAGCGUACCAAAAAAAGACCAUAUCACCAUUUCUAUGGCUCAUCUUACAAUAAGCCACUGAAGACCAUGGCAAAGAGGUGGGUCUUAAAGGCCCAUUUGAAAGUAUUGAUGGAUGGGAUUUGCUGCUAUCACGUAGUACAGUGGUACCUCUGGUUGCGAACAGGAUCCGUUCCAGAGCUCUGGUCAGAUCCCGAGGAAUUUGCAAUCGGAGAUGCUGCUUCUGUGCAUGCGCACGGCGUGGUUUAGCACUUCUGUGCAUGCGCACGCAGCGAAACCCAGAAAAAUACUUCCGGGUUUGCCACGUAUGUAUCCCGAAGGAUACGUAGCUGGAGGUGAACGUAAGUAGAGGUACCACUGUAUUGAGUUCCGCAGCUGCGGGGCCACCACCAAAAAGCAUCUAUUCUGUGUGUCAGUCAUCUAUCUGGUAGCCAUUGGCAGCCAGGAAGUGAGUGCAUGGAAUUUCACCCAGGUUUGGGGCUGUUGAAGCAGCAACACAGCACUCUUCUCACCAGCCCAGUCAGCUUCUAUGCUGCCUGCAGAGUAUGUGGCAUCCCUUCCUCUGUGGACACUACGGAAGCCAAACUGGCUGGCAAAGUAGAAGCAAAGCACUCCGCUAGCCAAAUCAGCUUUUCUGCAACUGCCACCUGCUUCCUUUGCUAGGAGUGCCUGUGGGCCUCAUGGACCAGUCUUUUGCAGUGGGCAGUGCUUCUAGCCGGCACCUUUUUUUUAUUAGUCUGCUUAUUGCUCAUAAAACCAACAUUUUUGCAAGCUGAUAUUUUCUAGGGGCUUAGUAUCAAGGCUGUGUUACACUGUUAAAAAACCCCCACUAGUUUAACAACUGAAGGAAAAAGCUUCAUUAUUGUAGCUACUGCUUCUUGUUGCAUGCUAGUUUUACAUUAUUUCAACCAUACAACAUUUUAUGUUAAUUUCAGUGAUACAAAUGAAGUUGAUGUCCCUUUGAAUACCAGAGUGGGAACAAAGCGUUACAUGGCUCCAGAAGUCCUAGAUGAAAGUCUGAAUAAAAAUCAUUUCCAGCCAUACAUUAUGGCUGACAUCUACAGUUUUGGCUUGAUCAUUUGGGAAAUGGCUCGGCGUUGUGUCACAGGAGGUAAAGCCUACAUCUAGUCUUCAAAUAUGAUAAUGCGUAUGUCCCAAGUCAGGAGUGGGGAACCUUUUUUUGCUUCAUGGGCCAAAUCCUUACCAGGAUCUGCAUCAUGGGCUAAAUUUAAUAGGUGUCAAAAUCCCUUACACUUAAAUCGCAGGGACUUAAGAGGGGAAGCAAGAGAAGAUUCACAAAGCCUUUUCCAGGUCUCUUUGUGCUUCCCUUUUAAGUCUCUGAGUUCGUAGGGAGAUUUGUAAAAGGCUGUAAGAAAUCCCUGUGCCUCCUUUUGAGGGAAUAGCAGCUCUGGAGCUGUCUUAAAGCCUCUAACCCCAACUCUUCCUUUUCUCCAUGAAUCCCCUAGCACUCCCCCCCACCGUCUUAACAAUCAGGGGAUGUGCCAGGCAAUCCCCUGACUGAAAAGUGUAUGUGCUGCACCCACAAUCUCUCUUGCCAGCAACAUGGCCUCCAGAAAUUGAAAUCGGUGACUCUGAUUAUUUAUAAAAUUAGUGUUGCUCUGUACAUUAAGUGCUGCUACUCCCAGUGUUCCCUUUUUCUACCAACCCAACUUGUGUGGGGCUUGGGGUGUAGCAUGGGUAAUGGGGAAGGCAAUAUGGUUUUGUGACAAAGCAACCUGUCUCUCUCUCUUGCCUAUUCUGUCAAGUGUAGCAUCUGUUGAGAUCAGCAUGAAUGUUCUCUUUUAGUUUCUCCUUUCUUUGCUGUUCCCUAUUCCCUUGAAUGUGUAGGUCUCUCAGCCUCUAUGUAUGCCCCCCACCCGAACUGCUUGCAAGUAGGGUGGAAUAUUUCCUUUUGAAAUGCAAAAAUAAGAGCCUCUCUUAAGUCUUGUAAUGGCCUAAAAUCAGAAGCAGGUUUGGUAUAUUGGUCUUGUCUGCAGCACAUGGGAUAAUUUUGAAUUGCAUGCUUAAAUUUAUAUCAUUUAUUUGCAGGUAUUGUUGAAGAGUACCAGCUACCCUAUUAUGACAUGGUGCCGAAUGAUCCUUCAUACGAGGACAUGAGAGAGGUCAUAUGUGUUAAGCACCUGCGCCCUAUAGUAUCUAAUAGAUGGAAUAGUGAUGAGGUAAGCAUGCUGAAAGAAGGAGAAUCUAGUUGACAAUUCUUUUUGCCCCACUUAUGGAAAUAAAUUUUAGAUUUGAAGGGAAACAUUAACUUAGAAUUUUUCAUUGUUUGCUGAUUGGAAUUCUCCCCCCCCCUCCCCCAGUCUUCACUUUUACCAGUAAAACCUUUUACUAUUAUUUAUCAUGAUGCAUGAACACUACCAAUAUUUUAUUCUUCUCUUAUUAGAAAAGGUUUACUUAACAAUAAUUAACUCCAAACAGCAACAGUAUUUCACUUGUAUUUGAUAUUAGGCAGACAUCUUCACUAUAUUGUUUUUGGUGCCUGCAGAAAACUUUUUUCUUUCGGCAAACCUUCCCAGAAAUGUAAAUUUGACAUGUUUUUUAAAACAUAACCGUAGACCCUGAAAGUGGCUAGGUUCCUGGUCGCUGUCCUUACCCAAAAGCGUCGCCAAGGAGCACCACAAGCUAAUUAAGGCGUAGUAUGCCAUUCCAUCUUAUAGUAGCUUAUUGUUAUAGUAAUGUUUUAGCGGCUGUUUUUUUCCCAUGUGCACAGGCUGUUAUUUAUGUCUUGUUUUUAUCUGUAUGGGCCUACGGCCGUAAUAAAUAAUAAUUAUUAUUAUUAUAUUAUUAACAUAACCGUAUUUGAUUAUGUAUCUUUUUUAAAUUGAUGGUUUUAGUUAUCUUUUGCAUUUUUAAAGUCAUUGUUUUUAACAUUUGACUUUAUUUCUAUUGCAGUUCGCUUGUUGGUUCAUUUUUGUAAACCGCUUAAAAGCUUUGAUUUAAUUAUAAAAGCCUAUAAGUGGUUUAGAAAAACGAGCCAACAGUUGUUAGUAUAGCAGUGUAUAAAUCCUGUUAAAUACAUAAUUGUUCAUGCAAGAAUUCCUUUUUCUAUUUUCAGUGUUUAAGAGCAAUAUUGAAAUUAAUGUGUGAAUGCUGGGCCCACAAUCCUGCCUCUAGACUUACAGCUUUGAGGAUUAAGAAGACACUUGGCAAGAUGGUAGAAUCUCAAGAUGUUAAGAUUUGACCAAGAAAUGCCAUUGGACUGCUAUGCCUCUUCACUCAAGCAAGUAUAGGGUCUGGUGGGAUGGGGCUGGGUCUGAUUUUCAGCCCCCUUCCUCACCACUUUUACAGGCUGCUAAUAUUAAAUUUUUCAGUACUUUGUAGAAAAUGGUAUCCACGUACACUAUAUGGUAUACAUGUGGAUAGCCUCAUUUUACUUUUUUUGUUUUUGUUUUGAGCUGCGUUGAGAUUUUCUUCACAUUUUCAAACUCCCCUAAAACUCAUUGAGUUCUGAAUUUCAUAUUCAGAUGAUAGUGCUUUCUGUGAAAGCCGUAAGUUAAAUGAAUUAAACAGCGGAGGUGGGGGGAAUAAGCUUUUUGCCUACCUGAUGAUACCUUAUCAAGUCUUGGUGGAUUAGCCUGCAGUCUGGGGCACUAAAUAAUUUACAAAUUCCUUAUGCCUUUUAUGGUUUUGUGUGGGCGUGCCAGGAUUUUUCUGGUGCCAUUUGGAGUACCUAAGAAGCCAUUUAAUUUCAUGCAAAACUACUAUUUUCUUUUGCAAUGCCUUGGCUCAGCAUAUGGAACCUAUUUGGAUUUCAAAGAAAAUCAGUUUCUGCCUUCCUCUGUGCUGCAUGGAAAAAUUAUAUACGUUUCAUGACCAAAAACCAAAACGGCUACUAUAAACCUAUGCAGUAAGUCACCGUCAAGUGUGAUGUGAAGAACAGACCAGAAUACAAUUCAUACUCCCAGUGCUAUGAAUUCCCCAAAGACUGAGCACACAACAUGGAACAGUUAAACGUCUCCGAUAAUUUAAGUGCCUGUAAUCUUGUACUGUAAACUGUAUCUUAGCUAGCUUUAAAAAAGGGAAGUUAUUUAUAUAGUGUUCAGUGUACUUUUAUUUGCUACAUACCUGCUCUUUUGUAUAUGUGUAAACAUAACAUACUCACAUCUGAAAAUAAUGAAACUUAAUAAUCAUAUUCAAGGUGAAUGUGACUUGCAGAAAUGUUGGAUAGUCUGUCAAAGUAUGUGCAUGGAUACUACAAAGAUAUAAAAAUUUCCCUUUUAGAGGCAUUCAUUAAGACCCUUAAUGCAAUAUUAGAGUGAAUUCAAAUAAAUGUGAGGAUGUGUUAAAAUUUUGUUCUAUAGGUUGCAAACAGUAAAUGGUCAGGCAAAAGAUUGCAGUAUUUUUUUUUAAUUUAUAGAUGUACAAAUCUUAUUUAACAUUUCCUUAAAUCAUUGCUUUUUUCAGUGAUGCCUUUAAAGUAUUAGUAUCAGCUGAACAGUUCACGGGAUACAUAAGCUAUGAAUUAAUUUAUUUUGAAUGCAACAAGUCAGACAAUAUUGUGCCACGGAUCUUGAGCAAAGGUGUGUCAUUUCUUUUCCGUCCAGUACCAAGAAAGCAAUUGGGCUGACGUUCUAAAAUGUCUUUUUGUUUUGUUUUGCACAGGUAGCUGGUAAAUAUUUGCCAUAAAUCAAAUUAUUACACUAGACUACUGCUUUCAGGGAACGCUUUCCACCGUUAACUGAUGUGUUUAAGAACUUCUGCAUGGAUUGCUGUUUGUCAGAGAGUAUUUUGAAGAUUCAAGAAUUGUUUGUAGGUACACUCAGUCCACUUGCUGGGCCUGUUUGGCCUCAAUAUUACAUUCUCGUAAGCCGAGUAUAUACUCUAGGACACUUUCAGCUGUCCACUAUGGCUCUGAAUAGCAGAGGAAGAUCAGUAGUGGUAGACAAGUGGUCUCGGGAAGCCUGUUUGCUUUUACUGAUCAUCUUGAGGCACCUCUGACGUAAUCUCUUGAGGAACCCCAGGAUUCCUGGGAGUGCAGAUUGAAAACUGAUGUAGGCUAUAUUAAAAUACAAUGUUAACAAAUACAUGUUUACGAGUUUUGUCAGAAUAGUUGGUGAAGUGUCUAUUUUCCAUCAUCCAGAAUGGAAUAUUUGUUUCCUUGUUUUAAGUGCCAUGUAAGUUGGGUAGCUUUUUAAGUGGUGCAUUAUAUGCUGACAUUUAAUUUUAAUAUUGACGAGAAUCUAAAAUAAAGCAAAUGCCAAUACUAUCUGAGAGCCACUGGGUUGCAUCCAAAUUAAGUUAUUUGCACUUAAGCCACAUUUUCUCCCAAUGAGAACUAACUUAGUAAUGACUAACUUUUCACAUUGAAUUCAGUGGAACCUAAGUUUAACUAACAUGGUUUGGAUUUAGUCCAUUGUUCCUAGAGUCCAGACAUAUCUAUGGGCUAUUUCAUGUCCCUGAUACUCUCUUAGGAGACAUUUUAGCUAGAGCAGAGGGAAUAGCCCAUUAUUUCUGAACACACUGCAUUUUGUAGUAGAAGCAACAGAUGUCUGGCAUUUCACUUUCUAAUUGGAAGCGCCACAUUCCUUCCAGCUAUGCAAUUAGUAGAAAUGAAAUUUGCCUCAAAAGGACUUGAGAUUGUUAAACAAGUUUUGAAAUAAUUUCCUUCCAAAAUUUAGUACUAUUAGCAUAAUGUUUAUGAAAAGUUUUGUUCUUUUAGCUAGCUCAACUGUGACCUUUGCUAAUUUUUUCUUCUUGAUUUCAUCACAUGGGAGUAAGAUUCAAAAUCUCAUUUACUAAAGUAAAUUUUAUUUUUGAUCUCUUGCCCUCUCCACCCCUUGGCAAUUUGACAUAAGAGCAAGGGGAGAAAUUGUACUCUGGCUUCUUCAUGGUACUAAUCAUUCUGUGUCCAUGUUUCUUUGGAUCCCUUCUACCAGUUGUAUGGCUGUCCCACCUAUAUUGGGGUUUGUUUUUUAAUGGCAUCCUUAACACCUCUGUAGAUCACCUUAUUGAUCUGACCAAAGCUGUGCUUGGAAGUCAUUUGUUGCACUCAUACUAAUUCAGCAGUUGUAAAAAUGUUUGACUAAUUCAUGAUUGUAAAUUAAUUUUCAAUUGGGAGUAGAUGCAAGUAGCAAUUCUGCUAUAUAGUUGCACUUGAUGAGUGGUAGAAUCCUUCUUACUAUUUGGUGGCCAAACAGCCUCACAUAUGAGCUUCUGCAGUGUGGUUUUAUCUCCAGGCUACCACCAAAUAUUCCUGGUGGCAGCUUGCAGACAAAUGACAUAUAUCUGAUUCACCUGGUGAGCCAAUACAAUGUGAAGGAUGUGGCCACUCACAGAGGCAUUUUCAAGUGGCCAUGACAUCACAGCCAAAGAGUGAGAAGUGACCUUAAAUGUGGCAAAAUUGAAUUAUACCAUUGUCAAGAGAAUUGGUAUGUUUUUUUAACAUUAUUGCCUUAUCAUAACGCCAACAGACUCAUUUCAUACUAAUGUUAUCUUUUAUUAGACUACGUUUAGUAUGUGCGUGUGUCAAUUCUUUAAAAACACAUGCUUGCUUAUGUCUUCCAUUGUGUACUAUACACACUAGUAAUUUCCCACUUGCAAACGAAUGUGUACCUUGAAGCUUUGAGAGUAUCAUGAUAGUUAGAUUAAUGAAAAGUAUAAUGGUUUGAUUGCUCCCUUGUUCCUUAUGAAGCGGACUUUUCAACUCUCCCUCUUUUUUAAGGAAGCUGCAGCAUUUUGCAAAGCUGUGCCACCCUUGGGAAUUUGAAAGCAGCAGGGGCAGCUCCAUUUAAGCCUGUAAGGAAGGUUGGUUAGUGUUAAGAAAUUAACCCAAAUGCUGAAUGUAUUUUGCAGUAAGGAAUACUAGAGGAACGAGAAUGAAUGGAAAUCUCCCCUUGGAAUUCUGUUUGCUUGUUUUCUAAAAUAUUCCUAAAAGCCAAUAUUGUAAUUAAAUUCCGUGGUGUUUUCUGCUCUGCAAAAUAUUUUUCUCCCAUUAACCAUUGUCAUCUGAGAGAACUUAUUAAUUAUCUAAUAACAAUCAGCCAAGACUAUUGGUAUAUAUUUUGAAUAUCACACUUCUUCUUUUUUUAAAAAAAAGCAAAAAGCCAUCAUUUCACUAAGUUCUGACUAGUGCCAUAAAAAAACCAAACCUAUUUGCUUCUUAUGCCAUAAAAAUGCCUACCUCCAUAAAUACAUUUCUUGAGUGGCCGCUGUCACCUUUUGCUUGAUGUAACACCUUCAUAUUCCCAGAAUCAGCCUCUUUAUGAACCCAUAACGCCUGUUUGUGUCGCUAACAGCAUCGGUUUCCCAUGUCUAUUUUGAUAAAUGCUUUCCCCUAAUACUCUUCUCAGCUCUAAACAUUAUUUGUCAUUGGCCUCAUGACACUACUGUCAUUGCAUCUGUACCUUUCCAGCGCAAGGGAAACAGACUUUUCCAUUUCCCCCAUACAUUUGUGAGCACUACAACUUCUCUGUUUAAAUAGAGUAAGCUGACAACACUACAAAUUUGUAGGUUGCCUUCUUCAGUAAUGCUGUCUGACGUCAAGGUGUGAUCUGAAAUACUAGAACAAAAUUUAUUAUUUUCACGCUGCAUACUAAUUUAAAUACUGAGUCUUCUGCUCACUUUCAAUGUGAGAGGACUCAGAUUUGGCUGGUCUUUUAGAAAAGUAAUUAUGUACCUUUUGCCUCAUCUUGUGAUGGUAGCUAUUGUUGGCCUAGUCAUUCAUAUUGAAUCCUCAUCACUUAUAUCAUGUCUCCCAAACCCAUUUUGGUGGAUUGCAGAAGUUUGUAGAAAAAGAGACGGGACAGGUCACCAGACACUUCUUUACUAUGAGGGAGAUUUGUUGUGUAAACAGGAGUGUUCUUGCACAACUCCCACUCAUUCUAAACUGGUGUUAAAAUUUCUGGUGGAUUGUGCCCAAAAUGAAAGACUUAUUUCUUGUAUCAAAUGUGGAAUGAACAAUAUUUCAAAUGAUCAUCUCAUUGAACAAUUGCCUUGUUGUAUAGUACCCCUGAAUGCAAUAUAGAUGCCCACAUACUGUAUUCAUGUUUUGUGCUCUGACUUACCCAUGCCCAAUAUAAAAAUGUACUAUAUUGUAUACAGAAAGAAUAAUGUAGCUAACCUAUAGAAGAUGUAAAUAAAAAGGAGAGGGUGAAAGAAGCAGUAUGAUUAUACUCAUUUUGUUAUAUAUAUAUAUACCACAAGUUUAGAAUGUUUUUUAAUUGUAACAGGCUAAGUGUCUUUUUGUACAGCAUCUGAUUUAAAAGGUGCCUUAAGUUUACCAUGAAUUGCUUUGUUCUGUACACAAAUUUAUGUCAAUGUAUCAUUUUUAAGUAAAUAACCUUAUUUUAGUAAACAUUAGUAAUAUAUUUGUUUGUUAACCGUUGCAUAUUGGUGAUCAAACAUCCACACACAUGGUUGUAUGCUGAAGAUCAUGUCUCACAAGUAAUUUGUACUGCAGUAUAGUCGUACCUUGGAAGUCAAACGGAGUCCAUUCGACUUCCAAAACGUUUGAAACCAAAGCACGGCUUCUGAUUGGCUGCAGGAAGCUCCUGCAGCCAAUCGGAAGCUGUGGAAGCUCCAUCAGAUGUUCAGGCUCCAAAGAACAUUUGCAAACCGGAACACUCACUUCCGGGUUUGUGGCACUCGGAAUCCAAGGUACGAAUACUUCAGUCUUUCCUGGUAACUUUUCAGAUGCACCAAAAGUGGAGCCCCAGGCAUUGAUCAUUCACUGGUUCUGUGUAUUUUUAAAGUAAAACAGGCCAUUCAUAAUUGCAACAAUGUGCACUCCCAUGUGUUCAAACCAAGGUCCAAAAUACCUUGUGAGAAGUUUCCCUCCACCAUUCUACAAGAAAAAUCUGUUGAAUCUGGGUGCAGAAUUAUACGUCAUACACAGCAUCAGGCUGCUGUUAAAAAAUGUUACCCCUUCUGUUUUGUUCUUCCAUCUCCCCUGUAGCAUGUGAAACCGCUUACCUCAAGUUGUACAUAACAUGCGCGCAUAAACCUUAGGAUUCCCCUGUCUGCUGAACCUUUUUCUGUAGCAUUUAUAAAACAAACCACACACAUAGUUUAGUUUUAUCAAAGUACAUACAGAUAAUGUAUAUUCACAGUUAGCUGGAAUCAUGCAUAUGAGGAGUUUUAUUCACAAUAAUUUGGCCUUGAAAUAAUCAUUUGAUGUCCAGUAUUUGCACAUCUACAUGAAACUGGGUUAAAUGCUUAUCAGUGGAAGUUUUAUGAUUCCUGCACUUGAACUAUUAAAAUGUGCAAAGCAAAACUA